GCCGGUGACGUCACGCUGGGCUCAGCCGGCGCCAUUUUGAAAGUGGAACCCGAGCGGGGGAGGGGCUGGGUCGGGAGAGGAAGCCGGGCGCGGGGGAAGCCCUGGGAGCGAAGCCGCCUUGCCCGCUCCCGCCCCCCGGACGCGAUCCGCCGCCAUCCUCCCUCCGCGCUCCGCCUCAGCCCGGGACGGGGAUAGCAGCGGGAAGCUGAGAGGCCGCUUCAGCCCGGCCGGCCACCAUUGGGAGCCCAACAUGGCAGGUAAGGGCACGGCAGACCCUCGCGCUUCCCGGGGACGGGCGCCUGCUCCUCGCAAGCCCAGGGGCGGCCCAGGCAGGUGAGGGAGCUGGUCCGGCCUCGCCUCUGGCGGAGCUUGCGGAGCUGCGCGGCUGCUGCUUGCUCCUGCACUUGCAGGCUGACCUGGGGGAAGGCGCUGGGCUGCUUCCUCUUCCUCGCCCCCCUCGUCCUUUGCAAUGCAUUUCCCUCUGCAAAUCUGCUCCGCUGCUCCAUUACUAUUAUUAUUGCAUCCUCAUUUUCCUUGCUGUCCUCCGCCAAUAGCUCUACCGCCGAAGCACAAAUGCCUGCUCUUGGUCUUCGUUCCCCUGCUCUCCUCCUCGCCUUCCCUCCUUCGACCACGCACCUUCAUCCAUUUAGCCUUUUAUUUCUAACAAGAGAGAAAGUCUCCCUUCCUUGCGAAGGCAGAGGCAGAAGUUGGGGGAGAAAUCUCCAGGGAUGGGCGUGCAGAGAUGGAUUUUCUUCUUCCCCCAGGCAGAGGUGGGGGUGUUGCCGAGGGUCUCAUCCUUUGCCUUCUGAUCUCGCUUUCCUAAGUGUGUGUUUCUGCAAGCUUUGGCGUCGAGGCUUUUGCAGCCUUGCUUAUGUCUGAAAUGAUGGGUCUGGUGCGAGUGGAGGUGCAGCUUGGCAAUAAUCUGCGCGCAAAACGAGGGCUAUAGCAGCCUGGGGUGUUGGGUCUGGCAGGCAGAUAGAGAAGCCUGGGCUUCCUCCAUGUGGGGCGGUGUGAGGCGUGUUCUCUCUGAGAGGAGAUGCCCCAUGUUGCAGCGUGCUGGAGCUUGCACGGUGUAAAGGCUGCAAAUCUGUCUCAUUGCGCAGGGUAUGUGGUGCUGUCCCAUUUGUGUUCCUUUUUCUGGAAUCCGUUCACCCACAUCCCACACAUUUAAUUGCUUUGUGUUGGGAAGAGUCGCAUGGGCGGCUGUAUUUAGAUCCUUGCCUUGCAGUCUCGCAGCACAAGCCACACGCCUCCGUCUUGCCCUUAUUUUUUCAUCAAUGGGAGGAAAGCCAUGAAUGUAGCAGAUUAUAUAUGUGAUGUUGGGGAAGGAUGCACCAGUUUCCCCCCCCCGGAUAAAAGUGGAGUUUUCUGUCCUUUCAUGAAAAGCCCCUGCCCCACCCAAGGAAAGAGUAAACUGGGGGCGAGCACCGGAUGUGGGCCUUAGGGUAGGGGUCGCCAAUGUGCUCUUUUCCAGGUGGCGUCUGAUUCCAUCAGCCCCUCAGCAUGGCUCAUGGUCAGGGCUGAUGGGAGUUGGAGUCCUGCAGGAUCCGGAGGCGGCUGCUGGCUUCGCCUGCCUUAGGAGCUCUUGCAGUUAGAUGCACUUUUAAAAUACAUCUAUCUAUAUAACAUGUAGCUAAACAUCCUCUCACAUUUCCAGGGUGCCUAAAUAUGGUAGAAUGUGUCAGCACAAAGUAACAAAGAAUGGUGGGAAUAGAAUAUUUGUAGAUUGUUUCCAUUUUCCUGUGCUCUGAUGGUUGUUUAUGCUUCUGGCACGCUCAUUCUUCUCCCGACUUGAACUUUUUUCUUAAAGUUGCUCAGCCUUGUGUGGAGAGGGAAACCCGCCCUCAGUUCCCCCUUGCCAAGAGGCAACUGUUGCUCAGCUCUUCCAGAGAGACGACUUCUUGUUUGGGGGAACAUGUCUUAGGGAAAGCUCCAUUUUGACAUCUUUCAGGAAUUGAGGACGGCUCGCUCUUUCUUCAUUCUCUCUCUCUUCCUGUAUGAACCCAGCCCAAAUGACUUGGUCUAAAUGACAUGCAGAAGAAAUGGGUGGUGUCUUUUCUACAUGUUUUGGUGGCAAGGUUCAAAUGAUUCACCGUCUUCCGCUGAGGCAGUAAUGUUCCUGAAAUUUUCUCUCCGGUCCAUCUUUUACGGUAGUUUAAAGCUUAUUCAUAACAUAACAAAACAAAGCUCCUCAAACCCAAUCUAUCCAGGUUUGAGGGCUGAAGGUCCUCCUGUUUUUCUUUUAAAUAAAUACUUUGAAUGUUAACAUACUUGUCUAUGUUCAUAAAAGACUCUGUGUUAAUUCUUUAGAGCCUUUUACUCGGAGGGUGAAGCAUGGUUCCUAAAAUAAGUACAUGGGCUUGUUUUAAGUGAUAAAUUACAUGAUUUCAUUCUAGAUCCUAGCAGCUUAAUAGCAGUGUAGGAAAAAUGAAUGCAGAAAGUUAAUUUCUUUGGUAAGAAGAGUAAAGUGUUUUGCUUCCUGCGUGAAAUUCUAGCAGACAUAAGUGGCAUGCUCGUAUUCUAAACUUGUAUGGUUUCUGGAUUUACUAGUUACAUGGUUCUGAGAGAUGUCAACAGUUUGUAGAGAAACUGAUGUUUACUCUGUGCUUGAUAAAUAUUUUUGAAAUCUGGACUGAUCCUCAUCGACAAAAGUGUGUCUGUGUGUGUGGAUGUGGGGUGGUGAAAGUGGAACAGUUUGAUUGGGUUCCUAGGUUCUUACAUCUGCUUUGAAAAUACUUGAUUUCUGUGCUGUCUUCUCAGCACCACUGACUCCCCAUGCCAGCAACCCCUGUUUACUAGAGUGGAAUGCUGGCAGAGUUUAAUGGGCAGGGUGUGGAUUACGUUUGUUUAACUUUUGUUUUGUUUCUAGGAGCCGGAGGUGGCGGGAAUGACAUUCAGUGGUGUUUUUCUCAGGUGAAAGGGGCUGUGGAUGACGAUGUAGCUGAAGGUAAGAGCAAUUAACCCUUGAUAUUGCCCAUGACAAUGUAACUGUGAUACUACAGCCACAUGUUCAUGGAAAUAUACUUGUCUUUUUCUUGAGUUCUGCACAUCAGCAGUAAACUCAGAAAACCACGAAGAAACUCCAUGCUCAUUGGCACUUAAGACUAAAGUGGGGUGUGUUUUUAAGGGUGUGCAACUCCACUGACACCUGCAGGUGUCUGCUUGCAGUCCUUUCUAGGUCAUUCCAUAGCAAGUGAUCCAACUUUUUUACCUCAUGUCAUCCAAUUUUCUUAAUAUUUUUUACACUUGUUGAAUGAUCAAAACUAAAUUUAAAUCUACAUUUUUUUUAAAAAAAUCUCAUCCUGUUUGUGAGUUAUGAGGGUUUGAAAUUUCAAAAAAUUGACAAUUUUUGCCUUGCUGGGCUACACAAAAACCUUAAAAGCUCAGCCCAGAAUUGUGAUAUGUCAAAACUAAAAACACACAACUCUUCAGAACUUCAUGGGCUUUAAUAUGAUAUGUCACAUGAUGGACUUACUUUAAAUUUUAAAUUUAAGUUACAAAAUUGGAAAUGUUGAAAAGUGGUUAAAAAAAUUAAUAUCAUAAAAUGUCUCUCCCAAAAUGUAUUGAUUAUUUAAUAUUUUGAAGUGCUACCUGCAAAUUUUCAUCUUCGGAUCUCAAUGAGAUCACAUAAAAAUAAUAAUUUGUACAUUCAUGUCUGCCUUAUUGGGUUUUAUUUAGGAUAAAUGGGUCUUCUUGGAGUAAAAUAUAACAGAAUGAACAAGACUUCAAACUAUCAGUUACUCCAGGCAUUUCUUUAGAAACUUAUUCAGUUAAAAGGUAUCUGAAAAGCUACUCAGGCUUUUCUUUUAAAAAUGUGUUCCAAAGCUGAGUGAUAGCUUGCUAUUGCAUGAUAGAAUUAACACCUUGAAAGAAUUCUUGUUAGUACUUCAUUUCAUGAACAUUACAAACAAAUGUAAAAUUAUGGAGGGGGGGGGGGAGCCUUGCACAUGAAAUUUGUCUGAAAACAUUUAUUCUUCCAUUAUUUAUACUUUACACCAAAUGCCUUUCAAGAGCAUUUCUUGCACACCACGUUUCAUUUUUGUCAAAGUGUGUGACCAGUUGCAGUCCUUGGUUCGACCCUUGUUUGUCAAGGCCAAAAUUGUCAGUUUUUUAAAAAAAUUCAAACCUUCAUAACUCACAAAUGGGAUGAGAUAAAUAAUUAAAAUUUUAGAUUUAAACAUAGUUUUGAUCAUUCAACAAGUGUACAAAAUAUUAACAAAACUGGAUGGCAUGAGGUAAAAAAAGUUGCAUCACUUGAUAUGGAAUGACCCUUCUUCAAGUAUUGUUUCAUCUCUAUAAUGCAACAUUAAAGCACCAUUAAACUUUGCUCACAUACACCAGGUGAUGGUACCUUUCUCAUAUGAGGCUGUACUGUAUGUUCUGUCCUACCAAUCAGCACUAUGGAUUCUUAGUUAUCCAGUAUUUUGGUUAGCCGUAUCACAGUGGCUUUGGAAAUUCAUGUGUGAAGUUUUCUGUCUGGGCUAACUGUAGUUAUUGGAAUCCAAAACCUGAAGGGCUGGCAUAAUUUUCUGCAUGCUUGAUUUUGCUUGAUUAUAGUACAGCAUUAGGAAUUCCCAUUAGCUCUGGACUGUUCAAAUGGAAAAUGUGAUAGAAGGUACCAUGCAAGUAUUAUACUUCAUAGGCAGGCCUGGGCAAUGUAUUGAUAUAUCGCCCAGGACAGGUAUGAGGGGCAGACCGUGAUGGCAGCUUCACUCGGCGGUAUAUUGUGAGUGACACCAUCAUCGCUCUUGAGUCCCUCUGCUACCAGUGCCCAGCACACCGAGGGAGAAACAAGCCGCAGCUGACAGUGGAGGCAGGGGGACUCAGGAACAGCGGUGAUUUCACCAGUGAUUUACCACUCUGCCCUCAUAACCGUUGCAGAGGGAGAAACAAGUUGCAUUGGCGAGGCGUGAUACAGCUUGUUCUCCCCUCCGCUUCUUUAAACUGCUUGGCUGAGGAGCCUGACAGGCCACUGCAGUUUUAAAGAGCCCCCGGCCCGCCACCUGCUUGCACGAAGCAGUGGUGGGCCAGGGCUCCAUUAAAGUGCUCCCGCUCCCCGGCUGAGGGAGCCCCGAUUCUUCUCCUCCGUGCAAUCAAGCAGGAGAAGGAUCAGGGCUGCUCAGCUGGGGAGCAGGAGGCUUUGCACCCCCCAGCUGAAGAAGUAGAAUGGAGCCCCCACCUGGCCUCCGGCUUGCGUAAGCCAGAGAAAAAGCAAUUAUUAAAAAAAACCAUUAAAUGUGAAUAGAGUUAAAACUACACACACACACACAAAAACUUGUUUAAAACAUUCAAAUAAUUACAAUAAAAACAGCUUGGCACCAGCCCUUUCAUUAAAAGCAGUCAAUUCCCAAAAGUCUGUCGGAACAAGGAGGUUUUCACCUGUUGGUGGAAGGACAACAAGGAGGGAGCCAGUCUAGCUUCUCCAGGGAUCCCUCCAGAGUUCCAGAGUCUGGGAACAGCCACCAUUAGUAUACAAUAUAUUAAUCAGAGCAUCAUGCAAAUUCGACUUUUAGUGAAUGUCACCAUGGAGUCCGAUCCAUUGCAUAGUUCUGCCACUUAAGAAGGCAGUCUUAUAGCAUCGAGGAGGACUUAUUCCCAAGCAAGCAUGCAUGCCAGGGUUUGCAGUCUUCACCUGAAAUAAUCUAGAUUUAAUUUUUCCUGUGGCUGGGACCAUAGCUCUCUGAUAGAGCACUGUGUUUGUGUGCAGGAGGUCCCAGGUUCAGUUCUUGUCAUCUCCAGUUAAAAAGCAUUACAGGUAGUCGGGAUGGGGAAGCCCCUUGGCCUGGAGCCUUGGAGAACUGCUGCAGUCUGGGUAUGCCAGUGAUGGGGAACUGGAUCUUACCCACCUUCCAUAGGUCGAGAUUGGCAGGUGGGUGGGGCCACUCACUUAUCAGUCACGUAACAUUGCACAGCCCAUGAAAUGCCAACAAGCAGCUGGCUUUGAGUCUUGUGAAGCCCUUAACCACAGCCCUUUGUAGAUGCCACCAAUCAGCUGAUCAGUGGUGUCCACAAACUUCACUCUGGGCUUGGGCCAUGUUGGCCACAAUGGCCUCACAGGCCAAUAGGGGAGGCCUGGCAAGCCUGCUCUGGCCCACAGGCAGGAGGUUCCCAACCCCUGGGUUAGACAAAUUACAGCUUACUUUGUCUUCUUCUUGGUAGCAUAAUUGGUGUAUAGUACCAGGCUAUCCAUCUAGCCUAGUAUUGUCUGCUCAGACUGGCAGCGGCUCUCCUGGGUUUCAGAACAGAGGUCUUUCCCAUCACUUGUUAGCUGAUUCUUUUUUAAAGAACAAAAACAGAGGCAUGCCAGGUGUGAAACCUGGAACCUUCUUCAGGCAAAGCAAGUUCUCUGCCACUGAAAUAUGGUCCUCUGCAAGCAGCAUCUGCUUACUACAUCUCGACUUUCAUUCAAGGAACAUACCCCAUGCCACUGCUGCCACUCUGUGAGGCAGGUCAGACUGAGAGAGACAGUGACUGACCCAUGGUCACCCAUCGAGCUUCAUAGUUGAGAAGGGCUUGAAGCGGAGUAUCCCAGGUCCUAGUUUGACACUCGGUCUAACCACUACACCACACUGUAUAUUUAUACAUGAUAUAUGAUCUAAAAAUAAUAAAUUUCAAGAGCCACAAGACUCUUAUUUUUGCAGCAGCAGACUAAACACAGCUACCCUUCUGGGAACCUUUAUAUAUUAUUUCCUCAGAGCAAACGAGACGCUGCAUUGAGCUAAAAAUUUGCAUCCUUACUGCUGAAGGCAAGCUUUUAAAGUCCACUUCUGAAGCAUAAGGAUUCAGCAGUUUCUAAGGGGCGCUACUGUAUCAGCUGUAUACUGUAUACUGUUGCCGUGCGUAAUGUAGCAACCUAGCAGAGUGGUUGUAAGAGGGGCUGGGAAAGUGCCAUAUGCGGGCUCUCCACUGCAACCUUACCAGCCAAGGGUGAAAGUUGAGGCAGGGAUUUUCCUUUGCACCACCAGCUCCUAGCUGGCAUGGUGGAGGGAGCCAAAUUGGGCCCCUCUUCAAGGAGUGGACAGUACGCUGGGACGAUGUAUUGAUACAUCACCCAGGACCGAUAUGAGGGACGGACCACAAUGGUGGCUUCACUUGGCGGUACAUUGAGAGUGAAACUGCCACCACUUCUGAGUCCCUCUGCCACCAGUGCGCCGAGGGAGAAGCAAACUGCAGCCAGAGGCAGAGGGACUCAGAUGUUGCUGGCCUACAAUUCCCACCAUCCCUGGUUGCUGGCCAUGGUGGCUGGAGCUAAUAACAUCCAAUAACAUCUGGGGAGACAGGUUCCCCGUUUGCAUUCUAGACAAUAGCUUGAUGGCUACAAGAGAUUCAGUGUCCCAGUAAAUGACUAUCUACAGCCCUCCAAUGGAUUUUGCUGUAUUGAUCUCAGCUGUGUUGGCUGUUUCAGAAGUAAUGCUUGCAGCCUGUGAACAGCAGCUGGGAUUGAGAGGCAGCUGCAGGAACAUCUGCUUCAUCAUCUCUCUUCCCUCCCCCAACACCAACUGAUAACCAUGAUUAAGGGAAAUAUUUUUCAGUAGGAUCUGGAACCAACAUUUGAGCAUGGUUUCAAACAGCUAAAAAACAGGUGACUUGGUUAACAUUAAGGCUAACACUGUUGUUUUGCUUUACAGUGUGCCUGAUUCGGGAGGUGUUCCUAAAAGGCCUGGAAGGAGGGAGGCUAUAUUCUAUGGAAAAAGAGAAAUGGAUAGCUGUCUGCACAAGUCUAACCUCUAGAGAGGGUUUAAUUUUGCAGUCGCAGGAAAUACCAUAUUCAGAUAAACACAGUAUCUCCUGGUUCCAACACAUUGCAGGAGCAGGAGGAUUUGAACAUGCGCUUGAUCCCUCCCUUCCAAGAGGCCAAUAAUGGCUAAAUAAUGGCCUUCAGGAAAAGGAUUAUUGCUUAGUGGUAGAGCAGCUGCUUUGAAUGCAGAAGGUCUCAGGCUCAAUCCCCAGCAGAUUCCAGGGGAGCAACAGUGGGAGAUGUUAUUGCCUUCAUGCCCUUCUUAUCCCAUGUCUGAGACCUUGGAGAGCUGCUGCCAAUCGGUGUUGACAAUACUGAACUAGAUGUGCCAAUAGUCUGACUGUAUGUCUUCCUAUGCAUGCGUCUUUCUAUGUUGGUGAAUUUGAAUGGUUAAAAGUGACCUAAAUAAAGUGCAGAGUUUCUUACUCUGCAUUAUCAUAUCUCUAGAGAACAACACCCAAACCUGUUCCUAGUAGCAGGUUUAUUUACACAAUUUAAGGAAACAUGUUGGCUUGCUUUACUAUUAAUCAUGAGGCUGUCUAGCAUGCAGAUACUUUUCUUCUAUCUUGGUGGAGCAUACAGUGACAUCAGGGUUGCACAGUUUUCUGAGAGGGGCUUCUGUUAAUCCACAUGAGACAAGACUGACAGACGGAUAGAUUCCUUGUUCAGGAGCAUUUGGUAGUAGAUGCAGAAUGAUGAUCUGGGAACUUCUUUCUCUUGAUGGUCUCAUCAAGCCUUGUGCAAGCAGGAAAAGUCAAAGGUGUCCAACUUUCUCAGAAUUGGGAAACCAUCUUGAAAAUGCAAGUUGGGGCAAUCAAGCUCGUCUGUGUGACUUUGUAAUUCAUUUGUAACUGUAAUUUAAGGGUUGUAUCCAAUUCUAGUUUUAUUUGGAGCUGAUUUACUGAAGUUAAUGAAUAUGAUUAACUCAGGUUCAUUAAUUUCAGAGGGUUCAUUCUGAGUAGAACUUAGCUGAAUACAACCCUAAGUUUAGUUGUAAUUAAUUUUAUUUAUUGACAGUGAUAAUAAGUUGCUCUUCCAAAUUAUUCAAAGUAGUAUUUGUUUUAAAAUACUAAUCAAAGCAAAUGUUAAAGCAGUAAUAAAGCAGUGUUCUCUUUAGGGCACAUGGCUUGGACUCUUCCGCUUUCCCUUGGAGCACUUAGGUCUUUAAAUUGGGGGGGGGCCUGUUUUGACAGUGGGGUGGAAGGAGCAUUCCCUAUUAUACAUAUUGAGCUAUUUGUCCAUCUUUUGUUUUGGGAUGCUGUCUGCCUGGCCUCAAAAAUUUUGUAGCCAUCAAGAUUUGGGUGCUUAUCAGUCCUUUUUAAUGGUCUUCUUUCAAAGUUUCCCUCUUCGACCCUUGGCCAAGUUAUUCAAGUUCCCAGAUCCUGCAUUUCCCCUUCUGGGAAUCAGGCUGUUGACUUCUGACGUAAGUGGAGGUCAACAUUAAAUGAUGGCACUAAUUUGGUACAGCUUGUCAUGUUUGUGAUUCUGUUACUUUUUCAGUCUGAGCAUUCUUUAAGGAUGAAUGUUGCAGAUGAAGUUUCCUCAGGUUCCUCACCUUUUAAUUUCAGGAAAUGAAGAUGGCAGUGUGACAGAAUUAAAAAACCUUUUUUUUCCUUUUUUUUCCUUUUUUUUUUUGCUUGUCUAGCUAUUUUUAGUAUUUUGAAACAAGUGCAUGCAAACAUUGCAAGUUUGCUUCAAAUUUGCAAAGUGGCUGUGGAACUCAGACAUUUUAAACCCCAAGUUCAUUGUGUGAGAGUGCAAAACUAAGGUUGAAUUGAAGGGCACCAUCUGCAUUUCAGCUUUUAGCUGCUAUUGAAUCUUUUAGUACAGGGUUUAGCAACAGAACAUCUGUCCAGCAUCCAUUUCAUUGGAGAUACUGUAUUUGACAGCUCUAAAAUGUUCAGUUGGUUGUCAAGUAGAUCAGCUGAUACGGUAGUAAAGGGGAGCUGAUGGUCUGUUGAGGAAGGAAGGUUGAGGUGUGGAGUCUAUUGCUAUGUGAUUGGGAGUCCUAAAUUCUGUGCUGGAACACCCCAGCUGCUGUAACAGCAAAACCAAAAUGUAUUCAGUAAAUUGAAUAAAUUAAGACAGCUAUCUUAAUUUAACAUUCAAAGGGCUGGCAAUGUUUUCUCAUUUCUAAUCAUCAGGGUGAAAAAAACUUCACCAAGCCCUGUAAAAAAAACAAAACACCUUAAUUUUUACAGGGCUUGGUGCAGUAAAUAUAUCCAGUUCAAUCAGGUAUACUUCUAUGCAGGCAAAGCGGUAUCUGUCUCAAUGCUAGCUGUGGGCAAGAUGGUACUUACAACAUGCCAAGGUGCCCCAGAAGCCUAGACUCCCAGAACUUUGCACAGGGCACCCAGGAAAUAAAAACCGGUGCUUCACAGAGAUUCGAGUUUUAGAGUGAUUUAGAUUCAGUCACUAGGAUGAAGCUGGCUUUUCUAAGCAAUCAUCAAAUGAGUCCCUACAUGUCACAAGGAACAGUGUAUUUCACCUGUCCAGACUGAAAACUACAAAGGUAUUGAUAACCACCAUCCAGGUCAUAGUCCCAAUGAAUUGGUGCAGGCUACUUUUAGGAUGGAGUCGAUGAAGUUAGGGCAAAGAAUUCUCUAAAGCUUCCUUCAUUCCUCAGAUUAUAUGAAAGAUGUGGAGAAAUUCUGACCCUGCAGCCACCCUGGACAUUCCCAGAGGUCUUUGCAAUAGGUUGUAUGAGGUGCCAGCCAAGUGAGGGGAGGGGAAUGCCCUCCUGGACUGAUGUAAACAUAUGGCGUAGCAUUGCUUUCAACUUGACUGGCACUCUGGGAAAAGAGGACUUGGGUCCAGUGUUAGAAACCCAGAUAUAUAAUCUAGGCACCAAAUGGCUCCUUAAACCAAGGUUGCAGACACCAAAAUGGAAUUGUCUAGUUGCCAUUUAUUGGGAAAGAUGGUCCCAAAGUCUGAUUUUUCAAAUGAUGAACUGACUGUGAUUGAUUCUCAGUUAAACAUCUUGCUAGUUCAGAUGACAACCUUGAGCUAGGUUAAGAGCUUUGAAAACUUAAAGAUGAAAAGCCACCUGGUCCAGGGACAGUCCACAUAUAUAUUGGCUUAUUCCAAUCUCUUUUUCUUAAUGGUGACUGCUUCUGGUCAGGCUGCACAGAAAAAGCAAUUUGGUCCCAGAAAUUCAUUCUGAUGGGGCAGAUAAAAUAUAACUGAUAGAAUUCUACAGGAUGUGGUAUUAAAAUAGUCCAGAUCCAGUGAUUCCCAGAUGGUGGAGAUGUCAGGCGCCAUAUUGGUGCCUAGGAAUCUUCACUUGGUCGCAAGUGGUUGAACACCAGGUGCAAAAUGCUAAUUUCGAACACUGCUUGGGUCCAGUAGAUUACCAGCUUAUAAUGACAAAAUGCUGUGAGUACAUUGCACCAGUUCCUGCUGUAAUACCUCGUUCUUCAAGGAGGGGAACAUUAAAUUUCAGAAUGGUUUGAAGACAUACGCCAAACAAUUUCUUAAUUACCAUCCUCCCACAAACUGCAGAAACGUGUGAUGCAUGCAAAAACUAUUCUGUUUUCAGACAAAAGUUGGCAAAUGGGAAAGAGUGAAACUGCUACAGUGCAAGAUUUAUCGUGUGUAGCAAAGUCUGAAGAAGGGAUACUGAGGCCUUAUAAAGCCAUUUUCUUGCAUUGGAGCUAAAACCACAGAACCUUAGGGUCAGUGGUGUGGCUUUGACUGUGGGGGAAUUCUUAACAAAAGUACUUUACUACUAGUGAUUAACAGUUCAACAGUUGCAGUAUGGGUAGGAUUAAAGAAAAAAAAAUUCCCUGCAAUUUAUUUAGGAAGGCUUGUCGGUAAGCAAUGCAAGCAAAUGCAUGUCUAUGCACAAGCAAACCCUACUGAAUUCAAUGAGGCUUACUCCCAGGAAAGUAGAAGUAAGUUUAGUUGAAUUCAGUGGGGCUUAAGAUUCCACUUAAUCCUCUGAGUGGGGAAGCAGAUGCAACUUGACUGGAAAUCACUCAAACUAUUCUUAAAUUGGUUGAAAAUAUAUUAAAUAUGGAAGUUUAUUUAAUAGUUUUAUUAAAUCUACUACUUCCUUAUGUUUUAAAGCCCUCCAUUGCCAUGGGGAGGUGUGGGAAGCCCUUUGCUGCCCCAGGGUCUGCUGCAGGGCUGCCCAGAGAAGCCCUUUGCCACCAGGGAUAGUUGCGGCAAGGUCCUCCUCCGCUGUGGGGAUGCCCGGCGAGGCCUCCUGCCACUGCGUAUCUAUAUUGUGAUAUAUUGAGAUACUGUGAUGUUUAGCUGGUGAUACAUCACAAUGUUGAAAACCAGAUGUUGCCCAGCCCUACUCUUAUGCACUUGUUUCCUUUGCUUUGACUACAGUUUUUAAACUAACUUUUUAAAAGAGAACUGACUGUCCCUGGAGGGGUUUAGACCGGAGUGAACUACAGUACCGGGCAUAGGCAAACUCAGCCCUCCAGAUGUUUUGGGACUACAACUUCCAUCAUCCCUAGCUAACAGGACCAGUGGUCAGGGAUGAUGGGAGUUGUAGUCCCAAAACAUCUGGAGGGCCGAAUUUGCCUAUGCCAGUACUGUACCAUCCCCUGAAUUCCCAUGAAUGCCUGAAUACUUAUUUUCAAGAGGAGAAUUGGUCCAGUGGCUGUUUGCUCUCAUGGGCAACAGUUUUCAAGAUGUGUGUUCCUGUUGCGGUGGUGACCACUUCAUCUGCACAAUGUGUCACUUUUCCUCCAAUUGUGUUUUUCCUUUUUAAAAGUGUCAAGGCCAUUUGAUAGAUUGAUUUGACCUAUUUCCUCCUCCUCAUCCCCCUCCUCCUGGAAAGGUCCUGGAACUUGGGUACCAGCACAGCUGAAAAUGAAGGAGUCAAAUCACACUUUGUAAAAUGUGUACUGAGAGGUCCAUAGAGCAUGGCGAGCCUUCCGUAUGAUAUAUAUACUGCAAAUAGAGCAGAUAUCAUGGGUUUACUAAAUCUGCCCUAGAAAAUCUAAAGGAGGAGAAAUUGUCAAUCAGUGUGUAACUUUUUCUGAUUGCAAAUUUGUGGUACUGCUUAAUUAUUAGUGGUCUAAAUGAAACAACAGUUUUACGCUUUCACCUAACUGCCCAAAUGCAAUAUGUCUCCUCAAAGUGAAGAGAACCUGCAUGCUCAGAAGUGUUCAAAGGGCCAGUUGAAGCUCCCCAAGCCUUUUCAGAUGGGUGGAUGUUCAGAUGUACCAAGAUGCAUUCUCCCUUGCCACUUGGUUUAUAAAUUGCCCCCGAGUUUCAGCAAAAGCCUUACUGGUGUUCAAGUGCUUGGUAGGGCUGUGCAAUAAAUCGCCAUAUCGUUGAAUGCAGAUAUUGAAAUAACAUUGCGAUAAGUGUUUCAACAAGGCAAUAUACCAGUGAACAAAAGGUGGAGACUUGACAGCUUCCCAGGAGGUAGCUUUGCAGAUAAUUUGCAGGUACACCCUCCGCCACUGUCAGGAGGUAUGGCGGGACCCUCUGCCACCACGGGGAGGCAUGGUAAGGCCCUCUGCUGCUGCGGGGGACCGCGGUGCACCCUCAGCUGCUGCAGGGAGGUAUGGUGGGACCCUUUGCUGCCACGAGGAGGCCCAGCAAGGCCCUCCACCACCACCAAUAUAUAUCAUGAUAUUGUGAUAUUUAGCUGGUGAUAUAUCGUGAUGUUGAAAACCAGAUAUUGCCCAGCCCUAGUACCUGGCAUUACUUGGAUAUAUAGAGAAAGAGCAAUACAAUCCCUUUAAAUCUGCUUCCACUGAGGCUUUGGGUUUCUCCCAGCUGUUGUUCCCUUCUUUUGAGUCCCUUUCUUCCCCCUCCCCUUGCUAGCGUUUCUUUAUGUACUGCAUUGCAUUGGUGCAAGAGCAAGUCUCCUGAAGGGAACUAAAGAGUUGCUUGUGUAGGCAGGUGUGUGUAUGUGCAUACGUGUAUGUUAGUAUGUGUUCAUGCCAGAAAACAUGAACGGAAACGUGUACAUAGAAGGUAGAACAUAGAAUCAUAGAAUCAUAGAGUUGGAAGAGACCACAAGGGCCAUCGAGUCCAACCCCCUGCCAAGCAGGAAACACCAUCAGAGCACUCCUGACAUAUGGUUGUCAAGCCUCUGCUUAAAGACCUCCAAAGAAGGAGACUCCACCACACUCCUUGGCAGCAAAUUCCACUGUCAAACAGCUCUUACUGUCAGGAAGUUCUUCCUAAUGUUUAGGUGGAAUCUUCUUUCUUGUAGUUUGGAUCCAUUGCUCCGUGUCCGCUUCUCUGGAGCAGCAGAAAACAACCUUUCUCCCUCCUCUAUGUGACAUCCUUUGAUAUAUUUGAACAUGGCUAUCAUAUCACCCCUUAACCUCCUCUUCUCCAGGCUAAACAUCCUCAUAAGGCAUCGUUUCCAGGCCUUUGACCAUUUUGGUUGCCCUCCUCUGGACACGUUCCAGUUUGUCAGUGUCCUUCUUGAACUGUGGUGCCCAGAACUGGACACAGUACUCCAGGUGAGGUCUGACCAGAGCAGAAUACAGUGGCACUAUUACUUCCCUUGAUCUAGAUGCUAUACUCCUAUUGAUGCAGCCCAGAAUUGCAUUGGCUUUUUUAGCUGCCGCGUCACACUGUUGGCUCAUGUCAAGUUUGUGGUCAACCAAGACUCCUAGAUUCUUUUCACAUGUACUGCUCUCAAGCCAGGUGUCCCCCAUCUUGUAUUUGUGCCUCCCAUUUUUUUUGCCCAAGUGCAAUACUUUACAUUUCUCCCUGUUAAAAUUCAUCUUGUUUGUUUUGGCCCAGUUCUCUAAUCUGUCAAGGUCGUUUUGAAGUGUGAUCCUGUCCUCUAGGGUGUUAGCCACCCCUCCCAGUUUGGUGUCAUCUGCAAAUUUGAUCAGGAUGCCCUUGAGUCCAUCAUCCAAGUCGUUGAUAAAGAUGUUGAAUAAGACCGGGCCCAAGACAGAACCCUGUGGCACCCCACUAGUCACUCUUCUCCAGGAUGAAGAGGAACCAUUGAUGAGCACCAUUUGGGUUCGGUCAGUCAGCCAGUUACAAAUCCACUGAGUGGUAGCAUAGUCAAGACCGCAUUUUACCAGCUUCUUUACAAGAAUAACGAUGGGGCACCUUGUCAAAUGCCUUGCUGAAAUCAAGGUAGGCUACAUCCACUGCGUUCCCUUCAUCUACCAGGCUUGUAAUUCUGUCAAAAAGCGAGAUCAGGUUAGUCUGACAUGACUUAUUUUUCAGAAAUCCAUGCUGACUAUUGGUGAUCACAGCAUUCCUUUCUAGGUGCUCAUGGACUGUUUGCUUAAUGAUCUGCUCCAGAAUCUUCCCUGGUAUUGAUGUCAGACUGACUGGGCGGUAAUUAUUUGGGUCCUCUCUUUUCCCCUUUUUGAAAAUUGGGACAACAUUUGCCCUCCUCCAGUCUGCCGGGACUUCGCCUGUUCUCCAGGAAUUCUCAAAGAUGACUGCCAGUGGUUCUGAGAUCACAUCUGCCAGUUCUUUUAAUACACUUGGAUGCAGUUCAUCUGGCCCUGGAGACUUGAAUACAUCUAAACUAGCCAAGUAUUCUUGUACUAUCUCCUUAGUUAUUCUGGGCUGUGUUUCCUUUGCUGAAUCAUUUGCUCCAAAUUCUUCAGGUCGGGCAUUGUUUUCUUUAUCAGAGAAGACUGAGGCAAAGAAGGCAUUGAGGAGUUCAGCCCUUUCUGUGUCCCCUGUUUGCAUUUCACCAUCUUCUCCUCUGAGUGACCCCACUGUUUCUUUGUUCUUCCUUUUGCUACUGAACAUACCCAUAAAAGCCUUUUUGUUGCUUUUAACCUCUCUAGCAAGCCUGAGUUCAUUCUGUGCUUUAGCUUUUCUGACUUUGUGUCUACACGUGCUGGCUAUUUGUUUGAAUUCCUCUUUGGUGGUUUCCCCCUUUUCCAUUUUUGUACACAUCCUUUUUAAUCUUAACUCAGUUAAAAUUUCUUUAGAUAGCCACCCUGGCUUCCUUAGGCACCUUCCAUGUUUCCGUCUCAUUGGUAUUGCCUGACGUUGUGCUUUUACUAUCUCCCUCUUAGCAAACUCCCAGCCAUCAUGAACUCCCUUUCCUUUUAGUAUUACUGUCCAUGGGAUCUCACCCAGCACUUCCCUAAGUUUUAUGAAGUCAGCUUUCUUAAAGUCAAGAAAUUGAGUCCUAGUAUGCUUGGCUGCUCCUUUCCGCUGUAUAGUAAACUUCAGAAGAGCAUGAUCACUCGCGCCUAAUGAUCCUUCCACUUCUACCCCACUAACCAGGUCAUCAACAUUGGUUAGGACCAGAUAUAAAAUGGCUGUUCCUCUUGUUGCUUCUCCCACUUUCUGGACAAUGAAGUUGUCUGCAAGGCCAGAGGAAUCUGUUUGACCUUAUGCUCUUGGCUGAGUUUGACAUCCAACAAAUAUCCGGGUAAUUGAAGUCCCCCAUUACUACUAUCUCCCUUCCUUUUGCAUGCUUGGCCAUCUGUUCCAGGAAGGCAUCAUCUAUGUCCUCCGUUUGGCUUGGGGAUCUAUAGUAAACUCCCACAAUGAGGUCACUGUUAUUCUUCUCUCCCUUAAUUUUGACCCAAAUGCUCUCACUUUGGCUUUGAGGUUCUAAAUCUUGGAUCUCUUCACAGGUAUACACAUCCCUGACAUAUAACGCCACUCCUCCUCCUUUCUUGUCUGGUCUGUUUCUCUGAAAUAGAUUGUAUCCCCCAUUAUUACAUUCCAAUCGUGGGACUUAUCCCACCAGGUUUCAGUGAUGCCUAUUAUGUCAUAUUUAGUUUGCUGUACCAAGAGCUCAAGCUCAUCUUGUUUAUUUCCCAUGCUUUGCGCAUUAGUGUACAGACAUUGAAGUCCAUUAAUCAUUCCCCCGUGUCUCUUAUUUAAGGAUUUUGUCCUCCCACCACUAGGUCUGCGUGCUGUUUGCUCCAUUUGGUCUAUGACAUUUGGAUGAUCAUCUUCAUCAAUUGAUAGACUCCUACCUUCAGGAGCACUGUCUCCCUCCCCCACAUUAGUCAGUUUAAAGCCCUCCUGAUGAGGUUUCUGAGAUUUUUUGGCAAAAACAUUUCUCCCAACCGUUGUGAGGUGCAGCCCAUCGCUUGCCAGAAGUCCAUCUUCAAGAAACUGCAGUCCGUGAUCUAAGAAUCCAAACUGUUCCUGUUUACACCAUUUGCGAAGCCAGCUGUUCACUUCCACUAUUUUCCCCUCUCUCCCUGGGCCACCUCGUUCAACUGGGAGGACAGAUGAGAUGACAAUUUGUGCAUUUAAUUGCUUCAAUUUCCUGCCCAGAGCCUCGUAGUCUCUUUUGAUCUUCUGGAGGCUAUUGCUUGCAGUGUCAUUGGUUCCCACAUGAACCAAGAGGAAGGAGUAGUUGUCAGUGGGUUUUAUGUUUCCUUGCAGUCGUUCAGUUACAUCUUGGAUCUUAGCCCGGGAGACAGCACACUUCCCGAGACAUCUUGUCAGGCCCACAGAUCACUGCUUCUGUUCCCCUCAGUAGGGAAUCCCCUAUCACCACUACACGCCUCCUCUUAGGUUUGGUCGGGGUUCUUUCGUGAGCUGUCCGUUCCAAGGUCGCCUGCACAUUCCCUGAGGACUGACUUUGCUGCUCGUCUUCAUAUACAUGAUCGACUGUAAUGAGGGAGAGAUCCUCAAAUGGAGUCUGCUCUUCGUCUUCCAUGCUAGGGGAGAGGACCUCAAAGCGAUUGUGUAUUUCUAAACAAUCAGAGCGAACCCUGGGCCUCCUACUUCUUUGAGUCACGUUUCUCCAUAUAUCUGGCUCCUGUGUUGGUGAACUAGCCUCCUUCUCAGGGAGUCCCCUGUCUCCUCCUUGGUGGAGACGGUGUGCUCUGUUGCUUCCAAGAAGAGCUCCAGCUCUCUAAUUCUUUGGAGCGUAGCUACACGUUCCUCCAGUUGCUGCACUUUGUCUUUUAAGAGGGCAAUCAACAUGCAAUUGCUGCAGGUAAAGCUGCCUGCAACCUUUGGCAAGAUGGCAAACAUUGCGCAGGAACCGCAGGCGACUGCAGCUGUUCUCUCCCCCUCCAUCUUGAGAACGUGUCGUUGGGGGUGGCUACAGCGGUCCUCCAUCAUAAAAAGCGUGAAGACAGGACAAAUAACCCCCCACAAAAAAAAACCUAGGUCUCCCUCAACAUGAGAGUCAAGCUUGAGGGAGGGUCAGAUAGGCCUUCAACCCUGAAACUCGUCACCUAGAGACUUGCCCAAAACUGGGCUGCUUCCAGAAAAAAGAACACUUUUCUACCCAUAUUGAAUUAUGCUGGUCAGGUAUAGGAUGCAAUAACAUUUUUCUACCUGAGGUGGUCUUAACUAUUAAUACAGGGGUAAAUGGUAAAUAAAAUUGAAGCAUGAUUGACAGCUUGCACAUUGAGAAAUUGACUAUGGGGUGGGAAUAAUGUAGGGAGCGCUGAAGGGCACCACAUUGUGAAACAUAAGGUGUGAGAAUCCUGAGCACAUUGAAGCUGCCUACAUGUAUUGUACCACAUGGCUCAGAUUCUUAGGCAAAUGGGCAUGGGGGGGGGGAGAGUUCUUUUCAUUAUCUUGAAAGUGCUACAAGCUCUUUAAUGUACUUUUCUGAUUUGUGGUACACAAAAGAAGCUACCAAAAUGAUCAGGGCAUUAGGACAUAAUAAAGGUAAAGGUAAAGGGACCCCUGACCAUUGGGUCCAGUCAUGGCUGACUCUGGGGUUGCGGUGCUCAUCUCGCUUUAUUGGCCGAGGGAGCCGGUGUACAGCUUCUGGGUCAUGUGGCCAGCAUGACUAAGCUGCUUCUGGCGAACCAGAGCAGCGCACGGAAACGCUGUUUACCUUCCCGCCAGAGCGGUACCUGUUUAUCUACUUGCACUUUGACAUGCUUUCGAACUGCUAGGUUGGCAGGAGCAGGGACCGAGCAAUGGGAGCUCACCCCGUCGCAGGGAUUCGAACCGCCCACCUUCUGAUCGGCAAGUCCUAGGCUCUGUGGUUUAACCCACAGCGUCACCCGCGUCCCUAGGACAUAAUAGAGACUUAUAAAAUACACGGAGAAGGUGUACAGCAGGAAGUGUUUCUCUCUUACUUUAAUACUAGAAUUUGGGGACAUCCAGUGGAAUUGACUGGCCAGUGGAUUCAAGAUGGACACAUGAAACUUGCUUCCGUAAUAUGCAGCAAUGGCCAGUGGCUUUAGAUGACACAAUCCCAUUCUAAAAAUGGUACUUGCUGCACUGUGUCUCUGCAAGUUCUUGGCUUGCUACGUAGCCCUACUUAUUCAAUUAUAUUCUCAGUGAGGUCCAGUUGUGCUGUUCUCAACAGGAAGGUAUGCAAAAUGGUGAAGCCCCAUUCCCUUGCUUUACUGUACUCUGGGGUUUUUGAUAGUUAGCCCCUCUCAAUUUAUAUGGCUUUUAUUAGACUCAUCUUUGCAGCUAAGAGGACCAGAAACCUCUAUGUGUCAUUGAAAUUGAUUCAGAUCAUAGGAUAACUGAGUGUUUACAAUGUGAUUGCUGAUGAAACUGGCCAAGCCAAACUGUGGCUUACUAUAAACGUGCAAGUUUCCAAAGAGGAGACUGUGGCAACUUCUUUCCUUCUCUGCUGCUGCUAUGAUCCAUGCCUUGGUUUGGCUAGGCAUGUUGUGCAAACCUAAGCUUUGAUUUGCCUUGUCUUGCUUCACUCAAACAAUGAGCCCAGGUUUGAUUGAUACAGUGUUAGAAACUGGGAUAGGAAUGGCUGGGAGCCAUGUGGCUCCUGGGACCUCGGUUGUGGGCGCCAAAACAAAAUGCCCAGGUGCCUUUUCUUUUGUACUACCCCACUAUGAGGCCAGGCAGCCCCGCAGAUAAAUAAAAUAAAAUGCUGCUGGUCAAAUCAGGUUGUCUCCAUAUGAAGCAGGUGAUGAGGUGAUUAUGGGCUGCAUUUGUAACACUGAAAUUACAUCCCAACGAAAUAGAGGUGUUGUGGGUUGGAAGCCCCAGAUCCAGGAACUGAGUGGUUGGACUGUAUUGAAUGGGGUCACACUCCCCUUGAAAGAGCAGGUGGAUAGAUACCUUGCAUGUGUUCCUCGAUCUAGCAUUGCUGCUGAAAGCCCAAGUAGUGCUGGUGGCAAGGAGUUCCUGUGGCCAGCUCUGUAGCCUUGCCACAGUCUGGGCUACCCUUGUUCUAGUUAUCACUAGAAAAUAUAUACAGUGGUACCUCGGGUUAAGUACAUAAUUCGUUCCGGAGGUCCGUUCUUAACCUGGAACUGUUCUUAACCUGAAGCACCACUUUAGCUGAUGGGGCCUCCAGCUGCCGCUGCACGAUUUCUGUUCUCAUCCUGAAGCAAAGUUCUUAACCCGAGGUACUAUUUCUGGGUUAGCGGAGUCUGUAACCUUAAGCGUAUGUAACCUGAGAUACCACUGUAUAUGUAGUUUUGCAAACUGCUGUUCAAUAUAAUGAGAUCAAUAGUUCAAUAGAUCAACUGUGGAGUAAAACUUCAAGAUAAGACUGUGUACAUGAAGGACUCCAAUCAAUGAGAUGCCCAGGUAUGGUCUUCGUUUCAGAUGCUUUCUUCAGGACAGUUGCGAUAUAUUGAUAAAUGUAAAGAUUGUGCUGCUUAUUGGGUCAGCACCCAUCAAAGUUGACCCAAUAAUGAGCACAAAGAAGAAGACAUCUGAAACGAAGACCAUACCCAGGUGUCUGCAUGUAUUUUUUCCCCAAGUUCUUUGUGACUGUACAUACGGUAUAUACCUUGUGUGGAUAUUAUUUUGAGUCAUAAUACCAAUUGCAUUGGAACAUUCAGUGCAGAGUGUUUACAUUAUUUUAUAGGAUCUGAACAUUAUAAACUAUUGAACUUUAAAAUCUCAAUUUUCACAGCAAAAACAGUGAUUUUAUUAUACUGUAAUAGGGUGGUUAUACUGUUGCAGCAACAACAUAGUGAUUCUCUUCCCUGCUCCCCUCAACCCUCAUCCUCCCAGAGAUGAGUAUAGUAAUUCAGCUGGAGUGCUGGGAACUGCUCUGAUCUUUCUCCUGGUCCACUGUUCUUUUGUUGUACACUGAAGGAGAAAUAAUUACCUUACUGAGGCAUACAUGUGAAUGUGCUUUUCCAUUUCGAGACUCACAAAUGGUAGGUUGGUUUGCCUUAAAAACCUUGCUAUUUGGGUUACUUGCCAACCCCCUGAGGCAGGCAGGCAAGCUUCUGUCCUAAUUUUAUAAUUGCAGAAUUGUGAUUGGGUUUGAAGAGCUGAAUUCAAUGCAUUUUUAUUCCAGGUUUAUAAAAGAAAUACCUUGCAAAGUUUACUGUUUGAAUAUAUUUGGUGCUGAAGAGUUCUAAUUUAUCUUUGUGAUAACUAGGCUUUUAAUCUCUAUUUAAAAAGGGCCCACCAGAUCAUAAUAGUAACCAUGUCUGGCCCACAGUCUUUUCUUCUUCUUUUAGCCCCUGGUGACUGUACUAAAUUUCAGGGAAAGUAUAAACAAGUAUGGGACGCGGGUGGCGCUGUGGGUUAAACCACAGAGCCUAGGACUUGCUGAUCAGAAGGUCGGUGGUUCGAAUCCCUGAGACUGGGUGAGCUCCCGUUGCUCGGUCCCUGCUCCUGCCAACCUAGCAGUUCGAAAGCACGUCAAAGUGCAAGUUAGAUAAUUAGGUACCACUCCGGUGGAAGGUAAACGGUGUUUCCGUGCACUGCUCUGGUUCGCCAGAAGCGGCUUAGUCAUUCUGGCCACAUGACCCAGAAGCUGUAUGCCGGCUCCCUCGGCUAAUAAAGCGAGAUGAGCGCCACAACCCCAGAGUCGGUCACAGCCUUUACCUUUGGUCCAGCCUUUACCUUUACCUAUAAACAAGUAGGGCCAUCACUUCACUUGUAAGAAGAAAUUAAUGGUCUUCAAAUUGCAUGUAUUUUAUUUUUAUUUAACAAAUUACAUAUACCCCCUGAUUGUAAUAACACCUCUAAGCAGUUUUACAAGGAAUAUUAUCAGUGAAUAACUGAAAACAAGUAAUUAAAGUGUUUUAAAGACAAUUAAACAUAGCAGGCUAAAAAGAGAUUAAAACUUGUAUAUUGAACUCUGCAAUUUAAUAUGUCACUCCUUUUGUAUUCAAUACUUCAGCUAUGGCUAUGGAUAUCUGCUCUGUAACUCUAGCAACGAAACCCUUUUUGUCAGGUGGAUCCGUAUUCAGUACAGGCAACUCCCCAUUUGCGUGGGGGUUGUGUUCUGGGUCAUUGCGUACUUGCAUGAAAUUGCGUGUAAUCGAACAUUCAUUGGAAAAGCCUGCAAACACCCUGUUCUGCUCCAGCUCUGUUCUUUCGGCAACGUUUUAGUGACAUCUUUAUGACAUUUUUUGGUCACUUCUGGGUUUGGCGCUGUGCACAGUUGUCAAAUGCUCAGAAACUGGGAGUUGCUUGUACAGAAGCUGAAGCAAGUAGUGCUGAGAAACUUCAGCUGUUUCUGGAUUGCAACCUAUUUUGCAGUGAAAUUCACAUUUCAUUUCCUUAGCUUAUUUAUUUUCAGUUCUGUCACCUGUGGCUUGGAUCAAGAUAUGGUGUUCUUAUCUCACUGCAGGUGUUAAAGCACUUAUCAAUGCCUGGAAAUUUGUGUUAUAAUCAACACAAUUAGCACCGUCUUCUUCUUUUUUUGCAUUUCUUUCCCCCUCUCUGACUUUUGAAAUCUCUGAUGAAGUGGUCUCUAGACCAUGAAAGCAUGUGUGUAUGUGUAUGUGUACAUAACCUUAAAGCACACACAAGUAAGUACUGUAUAUUUCCAACUGAUAUCACUGGCUGCUGACAUUCAGCAGUCUACAUUCCUUGAGGAGUUUGCAAUCUCAAUUAGGUGUGGGCAAGCCACCAUGAAAUCUUCUGCCCAUUGCCUUUCUCUGAGCCUGCUGCACAGAGUAACAGGGCAGUCUUGGUAUUGUAAGAGACUGGGCUGGAGGAGCAGAGAUGGCCUUGGGAGGUAUGCAGGAAAUUUAGUUUCUCUCCCCGCCCCCUUGGAAACAGAGUGUUAAAACUGCCCUUUUUAAAACCCUUCAGUUUGAUUCUGCUGUAUAGCAAAUAGCAUUUCAGGGAACAUUUAUUCAUCUUCAGAAGAGGGAUUUGUGCUUGUUGUUAUUAUUUUUCAAGCCAUAAUGGUAAGAAUGGGAUUCAGAUUUAUAGUGUGACCUACACACUACUAAUGUGUGGAUAUCUGUGUGCACAGUGCAGAGAAAUUGGUUUUCCAGAAUAAUGCACUUUGCAUUUUGAAAGCAAAUUACCUUCUUUCACAUGAGUAUCAGUUUGGCUGUAGCUUCAUCUGGAGAUCCUGCAUGUUGAGAGAUUGCAAGAUCAGAUUAAUUUUCAUCUGUGUAUUUCCCCAACACCUCUGUGUGGCUCCCAGUUUCCAUCUUAUCAUUGAAAUAAUGUAACUGAUAUAUGGCUUCAAAUUAACCUGAGGGAUUGCAUGGGUCCUGCUUUUAUCAGAUCACUGAAAGGACAUAACCAGUAUUUUAGUUCAAAUAUUUCAGUUUCCUCAUUCCCUUACUAAUACAAACUAUUCACAUAUUAACUACAGUGGUGCCUCGCAAGACGAAAUUAAUGCGUUCCGCGAGAGUCUUCGUCUAGCGGUUUUUUCGUCUUGCGAAGCAACCCUAUUAGCGGCUUAACGGAUUAGCGCUAUUAGCGGUUUAGCGGCUAUUAAAGGCUUAAAGGCUUAGCGGAUUAGCUGCUAAAAGGCUAUUAAAGGCUAUUAAAGGCUUAGCAGAUUAGAUAAAGGGGGAAAGCGAAAAAACUCUCUAGACUCGCAAGACAUUUUCGUCUUGCGAAGCAAGCCCAUAGGGAAAUUCGUCCUGCGAAGCAACUCAAAAACGGAAAACCCUUUCGUCUAGCGGGUUUUCCGUCUUGCGAGGCAUUCGUCUUGCAGGGCACCACUGUAUUGAUAAAAUGAGGAAGAAACUGAAGGGCUGGGGAAUCGGUUGAUUAGAGCCUGGUGGUGAUAAAGCCAAGGUUGCAGGUUUGAUCCCCUUGUGGGACAGCUGCAUAUUCCUGCAUUGCAGGGGGUCGGACUGGAUGAACCUCAGGGUCCCUUCCAACUCUAUAAUUCUAUAAAUCUAUAAAAGCUGCAGGAUGUCAAAACUUUUUUGCUCUCUCAUGAUGAUUAGGUUAUAAGUUUUCAAUUUGACCAUUUAAAACUUUCAGCAUUAAGUACUGUGCUACAUACAAAGAGUUAGACUGAGCAGAUCACAGCCACUUACUUAGCCUGGUGCUUUUUUGUCACUUGGGUAGAUGGCUAAAUAUUUCAUUCUUUGGGAUCUUUGCACAUGGAAAUAUAGGAUAUUGGACCUUUUAAAUAUGCCCUUGUGAGUCUUCCUUUUCCCCCUACCAUGGAAAAAGACCACACGUUUGGUAAGUUAUAAAUGGUCAGGUGCUUUUUCAUUACAGAAUUCAGGAAAACUUGCACAGGCAGUAAAACUUGGCUUAGUUGCAGUGGUGAAAGUUCCUAAAUUAUUGGCAUAGGAACUCAAGAGUGACUUGUGAGAACCAUGUGGCUGAGCUGGAGUAACCAGCUCAGAUCUCCUCACAUGCUGAACUUCUCAGGCAGGCUGGAGGUUGAACAAUAGGCUUGAUUUCUCAUUUCCUCCCAAGGUAAGGGAAAGUGACUUCACUAAGCCUGGCAGGUAUUAACCUCUUCAUUCAUUCAUUGGACUUAUAUGUUGGUUAUAUAAGGCUGUUUACACACACAGGUUAGAAACAGCCAGAAUCCCUUACAGCGGUUCUCAACCUGCGGGUUGCCAGAUGUUGUUGGACUACAACUCCCAUUAUCCCUGAACUCUCGCCUUGCUAGCUAGGGAUGAUGGGAGUUGUAGUCCAACAACAUCUGGCAACCCACAGGUUGAGAAAGGCUGCUUUAAUAGUAAGAAGGGACUUCUACUUAUUCAUACCCUGCAGAAAGAAGAACCUGCCAUCUCUCUCAGCAGCGGGGAGGGAUUUCAUGGCAUACCAGUCUCUACAUCUCUGAAGGAUGUACAAGUAGUCUUGAUGGGUCACAGCAAAUGUCUGUUUUGUCCAGGAUCCUUUUGUCAACAGUGGCUGGCCAGAUGCCCAGGGGAGCUUAAGAAGAACUUCCAAAUGUUCUAGGAAUAGCAAAAAAAAAAAAAAGCAACAACAAAACCCUCCCCCCCAAAAAAAAAAUUGAAAGGGGUGAAAAUGAAAAUGUGAAUCUGGAAAUGCUUCCUCCGUGAUCACUUUGACCGAUCUAUUAUCACCUUGGUUAGACAUUUCAGUUUGGUGGGCUGGGAGAGCUGAAAAUAAUGCUCAUGUACAGUGGUACCUCAGGUUACAGCUGCUUCAGGUUACAGACUCCGCUAACUCAGAAAUAGUACCUCAGGUUAAGAACUUUGCUUCAGGAUGAGAACAGAAAUCGUGCAGCGGCAGCGGGAGGCCCCAUUACCUAAAGUGGUACCUUAGGUUAAGAACAGUUUCAGGUUAAGAACGGACCUCCAGAACGAAUUAAGUUCUUAACCCGAGGUAACACUGUAUUUUACAUCUGGCAACCAAUGCAUCACUUUGGUUUCAGCUGGUACAUGGGUAGAUGAGUCUGGGGCACAAAUUUUCAUGGCCCUCUAGCGGUUAGGGGGGUUCAUUUACCAGAAGCAAUGUAUUUUGAAUUAAAGCAUUAUUUAGAAAGCAGAUAUUGUGAAGGAUACAAGUAGCACUUCCAAUCUAGCAGCCUCCCCUCACAAGCCAUUAGGACAUGAGAAGAGCUUGCAGGAUCAGGCCAGUGGUCCGUCUAGUGCAGCAUCCAUGCCAGCCAGAUGCCUCUGGGAAGCUCACAAGCAGGACGUGAGCAUCACAGCACCCUCCCCUCCCCUCCCCGUUUCCAGCAACUGGUUUCAGAAGCCUCUAACAGGGGCUUCUAUCACCUCUGACAGGGGUGGCAUCACAUGGCUGUUGGGGGUUGCAGCCAUAUUCUUGAUGGAUUUGUUUCAGCCUCUUAAAGCCAUUCAAGUUGCUGGCCAUCAUUGCCUCAUGUGGGAGCAAAUAUGCCCUGUGUGAAGAAGUAGUUUAUACAGUGGACGCUCGGGUUGCAAACGUGAUCCGUGCAGGAAGCACGUUUGCAACCCGCACCAUUCACAACCCGCAGCGCCGCGUGUGCGCACGCACAGGUUGCAAUUCGCAUGCACGACUGCCGAACCCAGAAGUAACCUGUUCCGGUUUUGGUGCGUUUGUAACUCAAAAAAUUGCAACCUGAAGCGUCUGUAACCUGAGGUAUGACCAUAUAGUCUUAUACAGACUUGAUCCAGAGCAGAGUUGUGUCCUGGGCUACUGACACAGUGCUGGUAGUGCAGGACCACCAGACUCUCAUGGAACAUAACAUUACCUCUGUCAAAGCUUUCUAUAUUGACUAAGCUGUCUAGCAGCAGGACAGCCUUUCUCCCAAGUUUGCAAUAUUUUUAGUGCUGGGUGGUGGUUGUUUGAAAUGUUUGCUGAAAAGCAUUUUUGAUAUACUGUAUGCAGGUACUGAUCUAGCAAGUUGUGCCUUAGCUGGCACUAGCUGUUGGCUUCUGUGUGCUGUGUAGCCUAUUGAUAUUCUGCUGUGUUUACAGUGGGGGUUUUGCCCCCCCCCAUUCAGAAAUAGCCCUAUACUACUUUCACUUGGCAACUUCCCCCUUGAAAGGAGGCAAAAGGCCUCUCAAGGAUUAUUUUUUUUAUCCCAGGUCAUAGAAACCUGGCUCUUGGUAUGUUGAGUCAUGUUUGCUUUGUUUCAGUUUGCUUUGUUUAAUCAGCCAUUUAAAAAAAGAGCAAAGUGCCACUCUAAGGUUGGAGCUGAUUUAUUUGGUGGAGCAUAGAAUUGCUGUUGCAUAGUUCUUUUUCAGGUUGACCAGAAGAAAAUUCAUGAAACGGAGAUUGAAAUUUGGGUAUCUCGUUGUCGGAGUUCCAUCGGGAUCGCACCAGCACAAGUAUACACAUAGAGAGCCAUUCUCAUGGACUUAUUUCAGGAAUAUUCGGACUGUUUGGCUUUGAGAUAUUAGGUUGCAUAUGUCAUUAUUUUGGCAUUGUAGAUAUUAUUUCAGAUUCCAUGUAUUAGAAGGUGUUGAAAUGUUGUACGUUAUUGUUAAUGAUUUUUUGUAAACCACAUACAGAGUUGUUUAGUUUGUUUCAGCUAACAGCAGAGGAGAAUUUGUAUGUUGAUUCGGUUAUGGUUGUUGGAUUGAGGUACCACCAUGAAAUGUUAAGCACCUUGAUUGGAAAGAUUAAAAAAAGCAAUAUCCUAUAGACUAGUCAAAUUUUGUAUUUCCACCAUUUUUGAUGUGUUCAUUUUAAUUAUAAACCAUCUAAGCAGGGCAACGUAUUUUGCAAUUAUUCAUUGGAACCAUUGCAAGCAAUUUGCUACUGGGGGUAGAAUUCAUGAUCCUGAUUAUUUCAGCACCCAUUAAUUAAUUUUAAACAGGAAAAUUGGUGUUCCCUAAGACUGAAGAUGUACAGCCAAUGCUAGUGAAAGUUGGAAGGGGGGUUGACAAAGAUCCUAUUUGAGCGGAGCUUCAGUGGUUUGCACUGUCCAUGGAAUAUUUCAGCAAAAUAGUGCAGGCAAUUCCUCAUAUGCACAGGGGUUUCAUUCUAGGUCAUUGUGCGCUUGUGUGAAAUUGUGUGUAAUCCGAACACCCAUUGAAAACACUCCCCCACCAACACAUUCUGCCCCUUUUGGUGAUGUCUUUAUGACAUUUUCAUGUCACUGCCAGGUUUGGUGUGGUGUAUGUAUGUGUGGUUGCACACAUAUCGGAUGUAGCUAAAGCAGUUGCUGCCUGUACUAUGCAGAAUAAGCUAAGACUUUGCAGGUCAGCUGGGACUUGCCAAAAGUUUCAUGGAAGAGGUGGGGUUGAGGGAAAGGUGGUGGUGGCAACAUAACGCAGAUUAUGGAAGGCAAUUUCAAGACUAGGAGGUAGCAAAGGAGAAAAGGUACAGGUGAGAAAUGUGGGUGUCCUAAGGCCAUAGAGUUGGAGAAGCAAAGAUUAGGGAUGAAUCAGGAUACCAGAAUAAAAAGCAAAGAAGGGGGCAAACCAUAAGUGGCUUUGAAGGCAAGUUUGAAAAACAUACUUUGUGUUAAUGAGCUGGGAAAUGGCUUUGUGUCUUCCGGGGAAUAUACACAUGGUCACACUGUUGCCCUGUGUAGUAAAGAGGUUCAGAGGAUCACUCCCUUAUUGGUUCUCUGUGCCUGCUCUGCAUUUUAAGAGGACGAACAACAUCACCUCCCUUCCCAAACCUUAAAUAUAGAAAGCAAUUAAUUGAGGUGACAAGGGUUAAUGGUUUUUGUUCAGAAAUGCAACACCUUGCAUUUGUUUCUAAGCUGCUUUGUAAAAUUGUUAUAGCAAUUUCCCUAAUCACAAACUACUUUUGCAACCUAGUAGCAAAAUGUGAAUUGUUUUAUUCUUUUAGCCGUCUGAACAUAGCAAAGAAAAUACCUACAAAAGCAGGGGAGCUCAUGUUCAGAGUUAAAUAUUCAUGAUUUGUAAUAAAGUGGCCCCAAUGCAUGUUUGUAUAUUGGUAUAAACUGGGUUGGGGAACCCCAGGCUUUGGGGUAAAACAGACUCCUUUUGAGAUUCUCCCCUGACUGCGCCCACUUCCCAGGCCACUCUCCCUUUCACCAGCCAUGCUGUACACCUUCCUGGAGUGUUUUUGCCAUGCUGGAAUGUGCUGUUAAAGUGGAGACAAUGCCUGUUGCUUGCCUCGAUAGAGAGCAGUGGUUAGAGCAUAUGUGUGUAGAAUCCACUGACUUCUAUGUAACAGGAAUGCAGCCUCCUGUACAAAACAAAGACUCACGUGUGUUUCUCUGCUACAUUUGCCUCUGUUCGUGCUGACUUUUUCUUGUCUCUGGUCACAACUCCUCUUUGAACCUCUGGCUCCAUCUCCCACUAGCCUGGUACCCUCAGCAGGUUUCCCACAUGGGAAUGAAACUGACUGAAAAAAGGCAGAAAUAUCCAAUGUUUUUAUAAAAAUGUGUAAUAGCAUGCUUGUUCAGUUUUGUGUGUUUAUAUACAUUUCUCCCUCUGGGUUGGAGGAAUAUAGUCAUGACAUACAAAAUUGAUGGAUGUCAGACUGACUGGCUUUACCUGUGCAGUUUCCACUUUUAUAGCAGUUUAUUACAUUUGGUGCUGUGCUCCUCCUCCACCAAGCUCCAGCAGCAUACAUGGGACUUCAUGGGGAAUAUACCAUCCACACUCUGUGCUUCAGAUAUGAAAUUAUAUUAGAUGCCUUCAGGCCAUUCACUGGCCACUUUGACAAUCAAAACCCCUAUCCAGGGAAAGCUUUAUCUUGGGGGCAGCUAUUUAAGCAACAGUUGGAGCGUGUAGCAACUUGAAUGACUGCAUCCAGCAUGAAACCCAGAGUUCUGGGGUGAAAGCAGAGAUGAGAUUAGAGCUGCCAAUGGAAGUAGAGCCUAGUGCUUGCUGUAACCCAAAAUGGUUCAUAAAAGGAAGCAGGAAUCUUGUCUGUCCCACCACCCUCACCGGAGUGGUUCAACAGCUCUUGUACAUCAGUCACUGCAGGGUCAUGCAUGUGUAUGCAUGCAGCUUGGCUCCAGCAUAGGAGAAGAAUGAAUGCUUAAGAGUUCCUCUGCCUGGAGGUGGAGUGACACUGUGUAGAACUGUGUUGUAAACUCCUUGAGAAUGGAGCCUCCAUCCAAUUUCUGCCCAAGGACAUUUGCUGAAGUUGUGCAUUUUGUCUCUAAUCACUGGCUAGCAGAGAGACCACCUGGGAGGCCAUUCUGGGCAGAAGCCAGUUGAGUUAAAGGCUUCCAUAGAAAAUUACACAGUUUGGCCAAGCUUACCAUCCAUUUCUUUGUUUCUAGUAGCUGGUGAGGUUUCAGUUUCUUGCUUCUUGCUUCCCAGGUAUUUUGGCCCAGUUUGGACAAAACAGUGAAGCAUAAUUCAGCAGUGCAUGGAAGAACCAGUUUGGGCAUUGAGGUUAAGCAUUCCCCUUCUGGCACAUGCCACAGGAGGUGACUGGAAACACCUGCUUGAGUUAACCCCAGUUCAGAUGAGACAACCCUAAACUACAGUUUGACAACUCUAAACUACAGUUUGGGCAGAUCCACACUACAUUUAGAAAACGUACAAUGUAUAUUUAAAGAACAUUUCUUCCUCCAAAGAGCGCUAGGAAAUGUAGUUCUCUCCCACCCCACAGAGACACAAAUACCAGCACUCUUAACAGACUACAGUUCCCAGGAUUCCUUGUGAAGGGGGAGGAAUCAUGUGCAUUGGGUGUGCAUUGAAUAUAUGAUGUGGAUCUGUCAGGGGUGGGGAACUUGUGGCUCUCCUGAUGUUGCUGGACUCCAACUGCCCUCAGGCCAGCAACCAUGGCCCAAGGUGAGGAAUCAGCAUCUUGACUUAAGUCACUGCUUAAAUCAGCUGCAAAUUGUCCUUGUUGGAUGUGAUGGCACCAUGGCAAUGAAGCUUGUGUUAAACCUGGAAGUGGGUGUUUCCAGUCUCUUCCUUCUCAUGGUCAUGAAUGAGGAAACAAAGCAUGGAAGCUCAGGGCUCCCCUAGACUUAUAACCCAAAACUAUGACAUGGUGCACGGGUUCCCCACCACUGGUUCAGCACUAAAUCUGAACUGGCCCAAUGUCAGAUUUUUGAACAGGAUCAGAGCAACAGAUUGUGUGCAAAUAUGAGUGUGGCAACCACUUCCCUCCAGCCCAUGACAUCGAUGGUGUAUCCCAGCCAUCCUGUUGAUGACUUUUCAAAAAAGGUUACAUAUUUCUAAUAGUGUACAAGUGGGAGGGGGGAGGUUAAACUACGUGCUGGUGAGCAGAAUUAAAUCAGAUAACCAGUGGUGAUCCUUUUUCAAGUGACCAAAUAGCACUAUUAAAAUUAUCAAGAUUUGUGUUUAUAAUAUUUUAUUUAACUGUGUUCAUAUGCUUAAAAUAAUCUAGCAGAUAUUAACUGCAGUUUUGAGUAACCAAACCAAACCAAAUGUUUAUUCGGCUUUACGCCCAUCAUAAAGCACAACACACAAAACAAAUCAAAUAAAACAGCGGUCUCGAACAAGCCACAAGUAAUAUAACACAAUUCACAGCUCACAAGGACAAAUAUUGGCAAAUCAAAACAGAAAUUUAAGAUUAAAGUUAAAAAUUUGGGCACUACGCUAAAUCAAUUUCUGAUGUCAAUAUCAAAAAUUCUUAUAAGUAUCAAUAAUCAGUUAACAUUCCAUUCCGUCUCUUGUACGAGAGAACGGCUGUUAGGAAUUUAGCAACCUGUAGAGUAAUAUAAGGAUCUACAUCUUGAAGAACCCAGGCAAGCUGUAGGUCUACUGGUUUGUCAGCCAUAGGCUGGAUUAUGGAGUUUAGUAUACUAGCGCGAGCUAAACUGUACAUAGGGCAGAUAAACAUAACAUGAUGUAAAGAUUCAGAUGUUUUCAUUUCACAAGCACACAUUGAAGGGACUUGGCCCUUAGUGAAUCUAUGUCUCAGCACGUUUGUUGGGAAAACAUUGAACCUGGCUCUAAUGAAGGCAUAUCGGUGAGAUGCGGCUAUAAGCGAUGUUAAGUAGGACGGAGCACGAUAGAUAGGGGUUAUGCCGAGAUUUAACGGGGAGCAGGCUCCACCACCAGCUAAGAAAUUUUGGUAUAGCUCCACAUCAUCCAGCCUUUGAUUUAUACACCUUUUUGCCGCGUUUAGAUCCAGUUUGAGCAAUUCCGUGGGCGAGAUCUCAUAGGACAGCAAUUUGGCAUGGAUUUUUCCUGACCACAAAUUUGUAAAGUCAUCCCGCCACAUGCAUUGAAUGAGAUAGUGGUUCGGUAGUUUAUGCCAUAGGGAUAUCCAAUAAAUCAAAACUCUCCUCCAUAAAACUAACUCCACUGAGGGGAUCUUCAUUUCUAAGCGAAUAGCCGCAUUACUUACGCAUGUUGGUAGUUUUAAAAGUCGGCGUAAGAAUUGGCUUUGAAGCGACUCUAAAGGUGAAAGGUUUGCAAAGGCAGCCCAUAAAGGUGCAGCAUAGGCCAUUGUGGCCAUCACUUUGAUGCUAUACACUUUCAAGGCCGCAGGAAUGAAUAAGGCCCCUCAGAGUAGAAAAACGGAGGAGGGAGUGUGAUAGGGCUUUUGUCUUGUUUUGAAGAUAUUCAACGUGCUCUUUCCACCCUAGAUUAUAUUGAAAAUAAAUUCCUAAAUAUUUAAAUUUAUGUACUUGUUCAAUUUUCGUGCCCUCCAAUUUCCAUGAAUAUAAUUUUCGACUCCUUGAAAAUAUCAGUACUUUGGACUUGGUGUGGUUGAUAGACAGAUGAUUAGAAUGGCAAUAUGAUGCAAAAAUCUUUAGUGCCCUCCUUAAACCCACUCUGGAGUAAGAGAGUAGUACCGCAUCAUCUGCGUAGAGAAGUAAAGGACAACGAUAAUCUGCUAUACGGGGGGUGUGGAUAAAUUUUUGUGAGUCGAUUAAUGGGUUCCUCAUAUCACUGAUAAAUAAGUUAAAAAGAAGAGGCGCUAAAAUACAACCCUGGCGUACACCCUUAUUUACUGGCACUGGGUUAGUUAGGUCUCCAGCAGGGGAUAUUCUUACCCUGGCCACGGACCCGGCAUGAAGUUGGGAGAUAAGCCACAGGAGCCUUCUAUCUAUUCCCCAGCAGGCAAGUUUAUCCCAUAGUAAUUGCCUCGGAAUACUAUCAAACGCAGCUUUCAAAUCUAUGAAGGCUGCGCAAAGUUGGCCCCGUCGAGGUGUCGAGUAUUUCCGGGCUAAGUGAUAAAGAAUAAUUGCCUGAUCUGUUGUGGAUCGGUUUAAUCUAAAUCCAGCUUGCUCAUGCCCAAUCAGGUCAGCCUCAGCUGACCACUUCAUCAGCCUUGCCAGCAAAAAACGGGCAUAUAUUUUCCCAAUGGACGAUAGCAGACUGAUAUUCCGGUAAUUCCCUGGGUCACCGGGAGAACCUUUUUUGUAGAUAGGAAUUAUAAUGGCCUCCUUCCACGUACCUGGUAUUAAGCCCGUGGCAUUUAUUGCGUCAAACGUUUUAGCUAAAAUCCCUGCCCACCAUGCAGAAUGUAGCUUUAUAGCCUCAACAGGGACCAAAUCUGGCCCAGGGGCCUUACCAGUUUUCAGCUCAGCUAUCAAUUCUAGGAUUUCAGCAGGGUCGGUAUUGUGCCAGACGGGAAGGGGAUUAGAAGGUCUCCAGCGAGUGGCCGGAGCUUCUGCCACUGAGAAAUAUUUUCUCAGGAACUGCUCCCAUGUAGGGGCUGGGAUCACCGUUAAGGGGUAUUUCGUGUUUCUUCCCUUUAUUAAGGACCAAAAUUUCCGGGAGUUAUGAGAUUUUGCGGUAGAAAUUAUAGUCUGCCAGCGAUUUAAAUGCCAUUCCCGUUUGGCCGAUUUCUGGGCCUGCUUGUAUGCUUUUUUUAGCCAGGGAAUAAGAUGGAGGUAAGGCCAGAGCGCCGGAAAGUUUAUAGUCAUUAUAUAUUGUAUGUAGAUGGAGUCUGGCUAGUUUACAAGCAGAGUUGAACCAAGGGGCGCCAAAUUUAAAAUAAUCGUUUUUAACUCCAUAGCUUGGAGAAGUAAAAAACGAGUUAAAACUUCUAUCAGGCAAGAGAAAAAAUUCAAACAGGUAAUAGGAUCACGCGGGACUAUUCCUACGUCCGGCUGAUCACCAAGAAACUUUUCUCGGAUAAAAUCCAUAUAUCUAUGGGCGAGGGCAGGGGACCAUCUAAUCCCCUUUAUUUUAGUGGACGGCUCCACAAUCACCGGGAUUGGGUGGGAGCGCACGAGCAGGUGCCAGUCAACACAUAACUUGGUUGUCAGGGGAAGAUGGUCACUAAAUUGGGCAUUAUCAAUUUUAAAAGAGGUGACAUUCAAAAAUAGAUCCCGAGAAACCAAUACAUAGUCAAGAACACUGUUUGAUUUUAACCCCAGAUGGGUGAACUCUCCUGGUAUAUCUGGAGGACACCUGCCAUUUAAUAUAUUGAACAAAUUCAGUUCAGUUUUGCAAACAUGAGCAAUAUGAAUGUCAGCAAAACCACACUCAACAGGUUUUGCACAUUUUACAUUCAGCAGUAAAAGGUGUUCGGGAGCUAGUAACAACACAGAUGGAUUUGGAAGAGCUUGUGGUGUUCAGUACAGGGGGUGGGGAACCUCCAACUCUGAAUGCUCCUCCCCAGGCUUCUCUAUUCCUUUCUGCCUCUGUAGAUGACCAUAGUGAUGGUUUGUUAAUUUAGGUAUCAUGCCAGUGGACCUGCCCCCCCCUUUCUGUGUGCUGCUUCUCACCCCUGUGCAGAUUUGAGGAGGGCGCCGGAGCAUAUAGGGAGAGCAGAGGGAGGGGUGGUUUUGUUGUGUAAGUGCAAAUCCUUGCAGAAGCAGAAAGACUUCAUUGGAUACUGUCUGUGGUUUCUGAUAGUUGUUUGCUGCCUGAUAAGAAACCACGGUUUUGUAAUUCAGAAAUCACCACAAAUUAGUUAAACGUCCUUAACCUUGGUUUGGCAUAAACUGAACCAUAAUGACUAAGGAGCUUUGAAUCACAUGGUCGGCGGUUCGAAUCCCCGAGGCGGGGUGAGCUCCCGUCUUUCGGUACCAGCUCCUGCCCACCUAGCAGUUCGAAAGCACCCUGAAGUUCAAGUAGAUAAAUAGGUAAAGGUAAGGUAAACGGCGUUUCCAUGUGCUGCGCUGGUGCUGGCUCGUCAGAGCAGCUUCGUCACGCUGGCCACGUGACCCGGAAGUGUCUGCGGACAGCGCUGGCCCCCGGCCUCUUAAGUGAGAUGAGCACACAACCCUAGAGUCGGACACAACUGGCCCGUACGGGCAGGGGUACCUUUACCUUUACCUUUACCUUUACCUUUACCAGUAAGGUAGCAUAAGAACAUCACUCUCAACCUCAAGCCUGUAAUAUGGAGAUUAGGAUGGUAUUGGCAUACUUUACAGGGUGGUUGUAAGAAUUACUGAAAUGAUGUGUUUGAAGUUUUCUGAACACUUGAAAGCACUUCAGUGAUUGCUAAGCACUAUUUAAUUAUGAAUUACCCACAGUCAUUUUCUCUUGCAAAGUUACACCCACUUCAUGUAGCCAGACUGUAAAGAUCAGAAUAACUAAGAUGAUUUCUUUUUGCAGUUUCAAACCUGUUACGAUUUCAAUAUCAGUCAGCUUCUUUGGUAUAACUUGUUACGAGUCACUCCAGGAAGCCUCAGGCACAUCUUAUUUCUGUGGAAGGGAAUGCUAUUUGGUAUUUAUUGGCUAGAUGACCAACCAGUCUAUAUUUUGAGUAAAUAAUAGAAUAUCCUCUUAUUGCAGGAAAGUUGUUUAGGAUUUUCACAAAUACCUAAUUUGAGUUCAGAAUUACAACGAAAUGAAGUCUUGGCUGUCUUGAAAUUAAAACAAACAGAUGAAUCAGUUAAGUGAACUCUCCUUAAAUUGAAGGCCCUUGGGAAAUACUUUGGGGGGAGGAUGUUUACAAGUGCCAGCAUCCUCAAGCAUCCAAGAUGCCAUGUCAUGAAAACAUGCAGCUCUGUCAAGACAAAUGUUUGGUUUUAUAUAAGCUAAUGGUGGUGCUCUGAAUUUUACAACUGUGGCACCAGAUCAUUUCAUAAGACCGUACAUAAUUAAAGGGUAACUGCGGUUAUGCAUUUAUCUUCUCUGAACCUUAAAGGCAUAAGAAUCCCCUUGAGCAAAACUCUGGAUGCAUGUCAGAAGUGGAGAGCAUUUUUGGUUGCGUGAGCCAUAUCUUCAUCAAGAUUGUUUGACAUGUGGGCAGAGACACCUGCCUAUCUGUUGCCUGACAUCACAAUGACUUGGCACUUUGAAGACUCAGAAUUGAAACUGAUUCAGGAUCAAGACCCUUAAUUCAGUAAGGGGCUUGCAUUGAAUUCUGCUGAACUAAGCAGAAUUUGACCCUUCUCGUCAGCUGAUGAAUGGGGGAUAAAUCCUGCUGUCAUGGGUGCUUGUUUACUUUAUUUUAAUUGGUGCCUGUUUAUCUCAGUGCAUCCAUGAGCCCAAAUACUGGGCUGCAGACAUCUUGCAGUCACUGGUCUUGCUGAAGUUGCAGAAGCAGAGUGAGCAGCUCUGCAUUCACAGCGCUGGCGGGGCUCCCGGUGGCAGCCACAAAUGGCUCUGCAGCAGCAGCGACAGCGAUACCUCUUGCUGCAGCUGUCAGCACCCCGCUUUGGCCUUCUUUGCCAUCCUCUGCCACUGCCGCCACCAAGGCACAAAAUAUGGUGCCUGGACAUCGCCACAUUCUCCCAAAAGCCCAGCUGCCUGUUGCAAAAUGCGACUGACGCCGGACUAAUUUUGAACACUGCUUCUGAGUAGGCAUGGUUAGGAUGAGAAAGCAGAAUUGUGUAUACUUUUAUGUGUGUGCAGAAUAACUGAUGCAACUUCUGCAAAUAGUAUUUGUGUAUUUGCUUUUCAGUAUGCAAAUGUGGCCUUUCUAUUAAUCAAGGAACAAUAUUAAUGUCUGGCGCACCCGACAAGUGCCACAUCUCCCGCAUUCUACUGCUGGAGUAAAUUGGGCAGAUGAAGCUGGGCAUAACAUUUAUUUCAUUAGUGCACCGUACUUUGGCAUUCUCAAAAUGAAGGUUUGAGAAGGGCAGCUUUUGUAUGGGAGGCAACCUGGCAUGUGUGGGUCCUAAAGAAUUAGACAUGUUGGGGUGCUAAAGGGCCAUAGUGCUUUGUUCAGCUGAUAUUCCUGGGUUGAUUGGGAGUAUGAUGACUUCACAGGGAGGUAUUCCUAUUUCUUGGCAAUUAGAAGCCUAACCAAGAUCAGUUUGGGUCUCUGAGCAGAUAGUAGCAUCUCCUCUCCCCACAGACAAGCUUACAUCUGCCAUACUGUCUCAUCCUGUUCAGAUCUGAUGCAGACAUUAAUGUAAAAUGGUUUUAAAACUGGCUCAGUUACUUUGAACUUAUUCAGAUACAUAUUGUGCAGAUUGAUGUCAUCAAUUAUUAUUCUUGUGGAAUAAGUCUGAUGAGAGUGAAUAUAAUGAUGAAUAGUUAACUAGAUAACUUCUUUAUUUUUAAAACAUGGUGACAGAUCCAAAGGACCAUGCUUCUUCCUCCAUGUCACUCCAGCUGGUCCCCAGAACAUACCGUGUUUUUCGCACCAUAGGACGCACCGGACAAUAGGACGCACCUUGUUUUAGAGGGGGGAGAACAAGAAAAAAAAUUCUCCCCCUCUCUGCCCAGCGCUCCUUCAGCGAAGCGGCAGGAGGCGCUGCGCAGAGAGGGGGAGAAUUUUCCCCCUCUUGUUUUCCCGCUCUAAAACAAGGUGCCGUUUAAGGUGUGUUCAGGCGGCUACUUUGGAAGCCUGGAGAGCGAGAGGGGUCGGUGCACACCGACCCCUCUCGCUCUCCGGGCUUCAGGUUCCUUUCGACCUGCUCUUUGGGGCUGGCGGGGGGAAGCCCACCACAAGCCCCAAAGAGCAGGUCAGGGAGUAGCGGAAAGGCGCAGCGGAGAAGCUGCUGCCAUAGUCGCGCGUCACCUCUCCAGCUGGGAGAGGGUCGCGGGGCUAUGGCUUCUUUAGCCCCUCACGCGCUCUCCUAGCUGGAGAGGUGGCACGCGGCUAAAGAGGAUCCUGCCAUAGCCGCGCGUCACCUCUCCAGCCGGGGGCUUCUUUAGCCCCGCGCGUGCUCUCCCGGCUGGAGAGGUGACGCGCGGCUAUAGAGGCUCCAGCCAUAGCCGCGCGUCACCUCUCCAGCCGGGAGAGGGUAGCGGGGCUAUGGCGUCUUCGCUCCAUAGGAUGCACACACAUUUCCCCUUCAUUUUUGAAGGGGAAAAAGUGCGUCCUAUAGAGCGAAAAAUACGGUAAUUUGUUGAAGCCCAAGAACUUCCUGUUGGAAGGGGAAAUGGUAGAAGCCCACAUAAUUGCUUAGGUACAUGCCUGGGAAUCAUUGGAUUUUGACUGCUUUCACACACUAAUACCACAUCUUGUAGAAUUCUGUCAGUUAUAUUUUAUCGGCACAAUCAGAAUAAAUUUUCUGUGCAGCCUGAGCAGGAGCAGUUAUAGUUACCGCAAUUGUUGUCGCUUGUCUUCACUUACUCCUCCCCACUGCCCUGCUCACUGUUGUGAAGACUAUCCCUACGUUAUAAAUGGUCCUUGCCACGAUUAAGAAAAUGAGAUAGGAAUAGGUGAAUAUAUACAUGGACUGUCCCUGGAUCAAGUGACUUUUCUUCCUUAAGUUCUCAAAGUUCUUAACCUAGCUCAGGGUAGUCAUCUGAGCUAGCCAGGUGUUCAACUGAUAAUCAAUCGUACACAUAAAAAAGGAUAUAAAAAUAUAUUGAAGAAAUGAUUGUUUCUCACAAACUGUGGAAAAUAGGUGUGUAGCUGUAGUACCUGUUUGGAAGUGUUGGGUUAGGGUUCAGAUGGACAAUCGAAACCCUGUGCUCAGAUCCCAUUGCAGUGGGGGGGGGGGAGAAACAGUGAGCCCAUCCUUUUGCAGUACGGAGGGCUAAGAUCUGCGAGGUGCACCCCCCACCCAUUUCUUCGCAGCAGAACAUGUUGAUUGACACAGGCCGGGCAGCCCCAGCAGACAGCUGUUUUCAAAUAGUGUACCAUCCACACUCAGCAAAAAGCUUUGUGGUUACUGAGUGGUCCUGAAGCAGGAUCCAGUUAGUAUGGCCCCAUUAAAAAAGAGAGAGAGAGAGAAAGAAAACAAAAGCCAGAAAUUUCUGCCCUGUAUAACUCCCUUCACUGUUAUCUAAUGCUAAAAAGCCAGGGAGCUGCCUUAGGCCAAUUCUGACAAGAACAGCCUUCCAGGUCUUCCUGGACUACAACUGCUCAUCAUCCCUGACCACUGGCUGUACUGGCAGGGGCUGAUGGGAGUUGUAGUCAAAAAGCAUUUGUUUGCAAAGGCUGGUCUCCACUGACUGGCUCUCCAGGGCUUCAGACAGAGGCUUCCCCUAGCCUUGCCUGGAGAUCCUGGGAACUGGAUGCGGGGCUAUUUGCAAUGCAUUCUGCUACAGACCCCACCCUGACAUAGAACAAGGUAUCUGGAAGGAACACAGUGAUAAUCAAUUAGAGCCAUCUCACCCCAAAAUGGCAACUAGACAUUCUGUUUUGGUGACUGUAACCUUGAUUUAAGGAACCAUUUGGUGCCUUGCUCAUAUAUCAGAGUUUCUAACACUGCUUUAAAAUACUGGGGAAAGUGCGUGGACCUGUCUGGGUUUGUCAUUCACCAGCACUAGAAAUCAUCCUCUUUUAUAGCGCAAAGGUUUGUUGUUUUCUGGGAAGGAUACUGCCCUGAUUCUUGCUGUGUAUCAAGCAUAUGUGGCUAAGAGAGCAGGGUCUGCUCUGUUUUUAAUGGUUUGGCUUUUCAGGUGGCAGCCAUAAGAUACUCCUUUGCUGCCUUUAAGACUUGAAAUGGAGAGCUAUUCACUUGAGGUUCCUUAGCCUUGCUGUACUCAGACACACCCAUCUGUGUGCUGUCCAAGAACAGGUCACAAGUUUAUCUGUAAUUCAAUUCUAACACGGCACACACUUUUCAUUAUGCUAGUCUUUGAUCAAGGCUCCCUCCCCCUCUCUCUUAUGUUCCUCCUUCCCCUUAAAAAUGACUGCAUUAAAAGCUUUGUGCUGAAGCCUGCCGGACAAUGGCUCACUAUUGCCCUGCCUUCUCUGUGGGCCUCCUCAUUCUCCACAAGCCUCCUGCAUCCGUUUAAAGAUUGCCAUUUAUGGCAUUCAUGUUUUUUGUCCACCCGCUUCUUAUCGCUUCCCUCCUCCAGUUAAGGCAGAUUGUCCUUUUACACAAAGCUCUGUGGAGCAGAGACUGGGCGUAGCCAGGCCUUUUGUUAGGGGGGACAUAAACUCAGUUUGCUAUGUAUUUUUAUUGAUUUUGGGGGGCAGGGCAGCUGCCUCACCCAGCGCCCCUUGGCUACGCCCAUGGCAGAAAGGUUGCCAAAUUCUGCUCUAUGUUUUCCAAAUGUUCUUCUUCUAAUAGCAAGGGUCAUAUCCAGAGUAGCAGUAUGCAAACGCUCCCUCAAGUGCAAGGAUUUUUGCUUCUGCAACAGAGCAUUCCACCCUCUCUGCUCCCCUCGCACCCCUUAAAUCUGGGGAUGGGGUUGUAUGUGAACACACACUCACACACAUGCGCACAAAUGAGGUACUGGAGUCAAGAUUGGGGUGUGAGGUUAGGAGUUCACAGCUAAGAAUUAAAAAUUAAAGGCUAGCAGGAUUGUAUUAAAAACCAAAAAUUGUGCUGGUGAUUCAAGUUAUACUAUAAAAGAGCAAAGAGAUAAAAAUAAACAAAAAACAAAAAAGUACUGUUGAAAAUGGAUGGGGAAAUAUAUGUAUAUAGGUAUAUAAUAUUUUAUUUAUUCAGGGGGGGAAAGGGGUAUGGAAAGAGUAGAGAAUUUAAAAGUUAAAACGAAGUGUUGAAAUAAAAAAAACAUUAAAAAAAUAGAAAGUGAUGAUAAUAAUAGUGAGAAGGCAUGGGGGGAAAUGAAAAAAUAAGAAUAAAGGAUUUUUAAAAGAACAAAAACACACACACACACACAAAAACCACAGUAGUUUGGCUCACAGGCAGUUUUGGCUCCCCUGCAGGGCGCAUGAGGCCUGGAGUGAGGCGGCGGUCUGAGGAUGUGGCCUCUGCUGGUUCAGGCCUCCUUAAUGGGCGCCACCAUUUUAAUUUUUAAAAAAGUUAUUUAGAUUUAGUUGUGCUCUUCCUCGCAGCCUCCCUGGUUCUCCUGGUCUCCUCUUUCUUUUUUCCUUGGUGGCUGCAGUGGUAGUGGCUGUGGCAGCGGCAGCGGUUGGUGAGUGAUCAGGGCUCUGCUGUGGGUUUUUUGUUCAGCUCCGGAGGCCUCUGAGCUUUGUUGGGUUGUUGAUGGGACGAUCUCAGUCCUGGUGGGGCCGAGAUCAUCGGGGGGGACGACACCCUCCACAUGGGCUCCUCGGUUUUUGCGUUGGGCACCCCUGGCUCCCCCUUGUUUGUGGCAGCAGUGGAGGUGGCGGUGUUGGUGGUGUGGGGACCAGCCAGACAGCACAGUUGAUGAAUCCCUAGGAGCUCAGUGCAGCCAUGGCUCUUGCCAUCUUCACUACAGGAAUAUAAUUUAAAAGUCUAUGGGCACUUAGCAAAUAUUGAGGAUUUUCGCAAUACAAAAUUUAUAGGGGCAUCAAAUUCAGACCAAAAAGAAUGUAUUGCCGGACAUGCCCGUUAUCAGAUGCCUUCCAGCAAUGAUGCUGACCCAGCAAAAGUUUGACGCACAGGACUGAAAAUAUCCAAAGUUAACAAAGGUCAGAGUCUCUGUGUAAGGAAUACAUACAUACUUGGAUGUUAACAUGUAUUCAUUUCAAAUCUUGUUCUCUGAACAUUUUUUUGGUUAUAUGUUGAGAUAAUCAUGACAUGUUUGCCACACUUAGUACCAUGAUAUUUAUUAAACCACCAAGGUUUGGUGAUAUUGCAUUAAUAUGUACCACCUAGAGGAGCCAGUCAUAGGAACCAGGGAGUGGGGAAAAAGUUCCACCUUCUGGGCACAUAUGCAUGUGGCACAUUCUCUUGCAAAUACACUGAGCAUUUAUGCACAUCUUUUGCUUACACUAAUAUUUCAUGGGUCCACCUUAAAAAUGUAAUGAAGUAGUCUUCAUAUUGUUAGUAAGAUCGUUGUUCAAAAGAGUGACAUUUAGAUGAAGAUGUCAGUACCUGCCAAAUAUACUACACUAUCAAGAAUAACUAUGUCUGCAAAGGCAUCAGUGGCACUUUCUCACAUGCUGUGUAUGGAAAGUCAGGUGUUACAAGUUGCCCUUUCUAGGCGAGUCCCACUUACCAGCUUAUGAUUUGGCAGUUAGGAAGUUUGGACAGGUGUGGGAACUGGACUGGAUUUUGAAAUAAUUCUCAGUGCACAAGAGUUUCUAUAUAAAGGAUUUAACUGCCAGGCAGAUAGUGCUAAAUACAUCAGUGUCUGCAUUCAAACAUAUCAAACUGAGGCAGACGUGGGUGUCCCAAAACAAAGUCCAUCAAACUGCUGCUUGUAUGCAAACCUCACUGAAAUGCAGAACUGCUGCACUCUUAAACAUGUGAAAUGUUUGAUCAUCUGAUACCUAGUUUUAUUCUGUAAGGCAGGCUUCCUCAACCUCAGCCCUCCAGAUGUUGUGAGACUACAAUUCCCAGCAUCCCUGACCACUGGGCCUGCUAGCUAGGGAUCAUGGGAAUUGUAGGCCAAAAAUAUCUGGAGGGCCGAGGUUGAGGAAGCCUGCUGUAAGAUAUAGCGAGUCAUGUGACUUGUCUGAUUUGAGCCAAUUUUGGAAACAUUUUCUACCUCUCUCUACCUCUCCACACCCUCCCAAGUAUUAUACUACAUUGUUCCUAUACAUCUGGCGUGCUGAACCUUUGGCCCUUCAGAUGCUGCUAAACUACAACUCCCAUCAGCCCCAGCAAGCACAGGGAUAGUGGGAGUUUUGGAUCAGAAACAUCUCGAGGGCCAGAGGUUACCCUCAACAGCUGUACACCUUGCAUUCAUAGCUGUGCUGAUUGUGCUCUGAUUCCCAACCAAUUGCAAGGUGUUUUGUUUUCACUCCUCAGUUUUGUGUCCUGAAAUCAACCUCUGUGUUCUCUCCCCCAUGCCAAUUCAGUCUUCUGGUGGUAUGGAUACAUUAAUGCUCCAUGGGGGAAUAUGGUCAAAAGCAAGCCCCGAUUUGUUUAUUUAUUUAUUUCCUUAAAAUUAUAUACUGCUUGAUUGUAGAAAAAAACUUCAAAACGAUUUACAAAAUAGAUAAAACAAUAAAAUUAUCUAUUGACGUCCUAAACGUUGGAGACCUGCUGAUGAUCGUAAUUUCCCAACUUGGUCAAUCUUUAGAGUACACAUAUAUUUCACCUUAAAUUGGUUGGACAGUAUUAAGAUAAAAAUAUUUGAAAGUUCAAAUGACUCUUGAAACAGUUAGAAAGAUGUGCAAUAUAUUAGCUAAUCAAAAACAAAUUUGAUCCAUUUUCACAUACAAAACUUACUCGGGGGGGGGGGAUCAUAGAAUCACAGAAUUUUAGAGUUGGAAGGGACCAAGGAAGGGACCAAGGGGUCAUCUUGUCCAACCCCCUGCAAUGCAGGGAUCUCAGCUAAAUCCAUCCAUGACAGGCGGCCAUCCAACCUCUGUUUAAAAACCUCCAAGGAAGGAGAGUCCACCACCUCUUGUGGGAGUCUGUUCCACUGCCAAACAGCUCUUACUGGCAGAAAGUUUUUCCAAAUGUUUAGUCAGAAUCUCCUUUCUUGUAACUUGAAGCCGUUGAAGUCCUACCCUCCAGAGCAGGAGAAAACAAGCAUGCUCCAUGUGACAGCCCUUCAGAAACCCGGCACAGUUUCAGCUAGCGGGCUGGAUUUAUGAGCCUGCGGGCCGUAGUUGGGGGACCCCUGAUAUACCACAUAUCGGGAACCCUUGUUCUAUUUGUUACAAACUAUGAGUCCCUUCAACCGUUGUUUGAGGAUGAUGGAAGCUGUAGUCCACAAUAUCUGGCAAGCACCAUGUUGCCUAGAACUGCUUAAGAUUCAUGGGCCUUGAAACGUUUGUUAAAGCUGGGUCUUCAUUCCUUGAAAUGGGCAGGAGGGCACCUCAGGCUCUAGGGGCCAAACACAGUGCUCUGGUUCUCUAUCUGGCCCUUGGGACUGUCUCCUUAAACCACACCCUGCUUCCGCACAUACACACACACGGUCUUUUUCAUAGAAUUGCAGAUUUGGAAGGGACCCCAAGGAUCAUCUAGUCCAACCGCCUGCAAUGCAAGAGUCUCGGGAAUCUGGCACCUGGCUGGUUUCUAGCGCUGCUCAGAACAUAGCCUGGAGUACAGUAAAAUGUGGCCUUUUUAAAAAAAUAUAUAUAUAUUUAUUAUUUUUCCAAAAACACUAAAAGAAAAAAGAAAAGAAAAGGAAAAACAAUACAAUACAACACAUCAAAUUAACAAAACAAGAUUAAGACAAUAAAAUAAAUCAAACAAUUUCAUUAUCCCAUCUUUCAUUCACUUAUUUCCACGACCUCCUCACACCUCCCUUUUUGUAUUCCACUUCUGUUAAUUAUUUCAGCAAUUCCUUUCCAUCUUCCUCUGUUUUCAAUCCUAUAAUUAUCUAAACUCAUUCUAACCUUAUUUUUUUCCUUUAAUACUCUAUUAACCUAUCUGUACUUAAUUCCUUAUAUUAUUUCUACUAAAGCCAUAUAACUUCAUUUCAACAUUUUUCUAACAUUCAUUAAUUUUGCAAUAUUUCUGUAGAUAAUCUUUAAACUUUUUCCAGUCUUCUUCUACCAACUCCUCUCCCUGGUCUCGGAUUCUGCCAGUCAUUUCCGCCAGUUCCAUAUAGUCCAUCAACUUCAUCUGCCAUUCUUCCCAGGUGGGCAAAUCUUGUGUCUUCCAAUACUUCGCGAUGAGUAUUCUUGCUGCUGUUGUUGCGUACAUAAAAAAGGUUCUAUCCUUCUUUGGCACCGUUUGGCCGACCAUGCCCAGGAGAAAGGCCUCUGGUUUCUUCAAAAAGGUAUAUUUAAAUACCUUUUUCAUUUCAUUAUAAAUCAUCUCCCAGAAUGUCUUAAUCCUUGGGCACGUCCACCAAAGGUGAAAGAAUGUACCUUCAGUCUCAUUACAUUUCCAACAUUUAUUUUCAGACAAAUGGUAAAUUUUUGCAAGCUUGACUGGUGUCAUGUACCACCUAUAAAUCAUUUUCAUUAAGUUUUCUCUUAGGGCAUUACAUGCCGUAAAUUUCAUACCUGUGGUCCAUAACUGUUCCCAGUCAGCCAUCAUUAUAUUAUGUCCAACAUCUUGUGCCCAUUUAAUCAUAGCAGAUUUCACCGUUUCAUCCUGAGUGUUCCAUUUCAACAGCAAGUUAUACAUUUUUGACAAAUUCUUAAUUUUGGAAUCUAACAAUUUUGAUUUUUCCACCUGGAAACCAACUUUUUUGUCCAAAUUAUAUGCCUCCAUUAUUUGAUAAUAAUGGAGCCAAUCUCGCACUUUAUUUUUCAAUUUUUCAAAGCUCUGCAAUUUUAGUCUGUCUCCCUCUUGUUCCAGAAUUUCCCAAUAUUUCGGCCAUUUGUCCUCCAUAUUGAGUUUUUUCUGUGCCUUCGCUUCCAUUGGUGACAACCAUCUUGGGGUUUUCUUUUCUAACAAAUCUUUAUAUCUUAUCCAUACAUUAAACAAUGCUUUUCUUAACAAUAUGAUUUUUAAACGCUUUAUGUACUUUUACCUUAUUGUACCACAAAUAUGCAUGCCAACCAAAUACAGUGGUGCCUCGCAAGACGAAAUUAAUCCGUUCCGCGAGUCUCUUCGUCUUGCGGGUUUUUCGUCUUGCGAAGCACAGCUAUUAGCGGCUUAGCGGCUAUUAACGGCUUAGCGGCUUUAAGAAAAAGGAAACAAACUCGCAAGAACUCGCAAGACGUUUCGUCUUGCGAAGCAAGCCCAUAGGGAAAUUCGUCUUGCGGAACGACUCAAAAAACGCAAAACCCUUUCGUCUAGCGAGUUUUUCGUCUUGCGAGGCAUUCGUCUUGCAGGGCACCACUGUACAUUAUUAAAACCUUCUAGGUCCAACACAUCAGUGUUUUCAAGUAGCAGCCAUUCUCUCAGCCAACAAAAAGCAGCUGAUUCAUAAUAGAGUUUUAGGUCUGGCAGGGCAAAUCCACCUCUUUCUUUAGCAUCAGUUAAUAUCUUAAAUUUUAUUCGAGGCUUCUUGCCCUGCCAAACAAAUCUGGAAAUAUCUUUCUGCCACUUCUUGAAACAAUCCAUUUUAUCCAAAAUUUGUAAUGUUUGAAACAAGAACAUCCUUGGCAGCACAUUCAUUUUUAUCACAGCAAUUCGGCCUAACAGUGAUAACUUCAAAUUUGACCAUAUUUCUAAGUCUUUUUUCACUUCAAUCCAACAUUUUUCAUAAUUAUCCUUAAAUAAAUUUACAUUUUUAGCAGUCAUAUUAACCCCUAAAUAUUUCACUUUCUUAACCAAUGUUAGUCCUCUCUCUUCCUGAAAUUUCUCUCUCUCAUUUACAGUUAAAAUUUUCUCUAAAACCUUAGUUUUCAUCUUAUUCAGCUUAAAACCUGCUACUUGCCCAAAUUCUUGAAUCAGUUCCAAUACCCUUUUUGUGCUAGAUUCUGGUUCCUGUAGGGUCAAUACUAGAUCAUCAGCAAAUGCUUUCAAUUUAUACUGUUUAACUCCCACUUGUAUACCUUUGAUCUCUUGGUCCUUUCUUAUCAUGUUUAACAAAACCUCAAGGACCAAUAUAAAAAGCAGUGGAGAAAUUGGGCAGCCUUGUCGUGUCCCUUUCUCAGUCUUGAACUCUUCUGUCACUACAUUGUUCACAAUUAAUUUUGCCUUUUGUUCUGAAUAAAUUGCACCUAUACCAGUAAAAUGUGGUCUUUGGACUGAAAAAGGUCUCCCCAUUCCUGCCUUAAAACAUGUGUGUUAUAUUUUCUGAGACUUCCAUAAGAAAGGUCUUAUUGGGGCGGGCGAGAUUUAUGGCAUAUGGCUCCUUAGGGGUAGAGUUUUACACAAGAAGGCCUGACUCUGAUUAUGCAGACUUCCAUAGAAUGGCUUCAUCCACAUGUUUCCACUGCACUUCGGCAGGGAGUGAUAAAAGGUGAGAGGAAAGAUAAUGAGGCACAAUUGAUGGGCGGAGUGGGGUGGGAGACCAUGGGGUCAUGAAGGACAGAUAAUGGUUCAGGGCUCAGGAGCAGCUCCCAAUUGCUGGUUCUAUUCAAGGCUGUCUUGGACUCCUGAGGCACCUGCUGUUAAGAAAAAAAUGUCCAACGUCGGCUUAUUUAAAGGGAAGAUGGAUCAUGUGCUUUCCUGGUGUGACUUCUGGUGGAUCUGUCAGCAGGUUGUCUUCAUUGAUUUGACCUUCGCUUUCAAGGUAUAUCAGCUGGUGUGCAGUGCUAGAUGGCUGUUGUCUCUCUCUCAGUGAUUUAUUUUGUUUGUGUUGGAUUGUGAGCACAAGGAAGAGCAUGCUGCACAGUAUAUCGGAUGCUGUGCAUAUUUGAGUGCUGUGACACACUUCAGGGACACUGGCUUCUCUGCUGUUCGUCCUUUGCCUUUACGUCCUCCUUGUGGUAGGGAUCGCUUUGCAGGUUCCUGGGCAGUGGGGUGAGCAGCCCUGUGCGCUUGCAAGGCCCCCACCUAGAGACUGUAGCAAAAAAUAGCAUGCACAGAGGGGAGGAGACUCCAGGAAGUGGCACGUUCUCUGGAUUCUCUGUUGCCCGUUGCAGCACUGAAGGACGAAAAUAACCUCCCCCGUAAUUAUCACUGAGAUACCAGUUACCAUUUCAAAGAAAAGAGUCGCAUUCAUUUUGUUUGGCAACAAGGGUGUUAACACAGAUGAAAAUACACAAGCAAAUCGGUGUGCUGCGGAAGAUGAAAUGCUUCCCUUGUCAGUUCUCAAACACAAUUAAAUCCAUCCAGUUCAACACCAGUGCCUUGAUGUCUGCUUGUUUCUUUGACCAAGGUAUGGGAACGCACUAUUUUUAACGGUGAGUUUCUUUGCUUCCAAAUGCUUGCCUGGUUACUGCUCUAGUGGCUUAUUUAUGUGCGGAGUAGUUUGGUACUGUGUGUUGUAGUUAUUAACAGAGCAUCAUUCUGUUUAGCCUUGCAGCUUCAUGUUCCCCCACCCCUUUGAGAUAAAAUAGAUUGAAGGCUUGUCCACAAAGGAAAAGCAAGUUGCCUUUUGGAUAAAUUUUAAUUGAAAAGCUAAGAUCUGCUGAUAUGUUAACUUUCAGUUGUAGCACUGCAGUAAAUUUUCCUUCUUAAAAUUGGUCCAAUUCAUUUUAGGGGGGGGGGGGAGCCCUGUCAGUUUCACCUACAUCAGGAAGGGAAAUUGUGUAGAGGACCAAUCAGAGAUAUUCAUGUUGGGUUUAACUGGAGAACGUGGAGAUGGGAUUGUGAGGGAAUGCUGAUUUUUAUAGAUGGAUUUGGGAAUUGCGCCUGCUUGUAAGCCGGCACAAAUCCCAGUGCUGCAAGGUGAUGCCCGAAGGGACCAUUGACAACAAGCCCCCCCCCCCCGAUUGAUUAGUUUCUUAAAGUGAAGCUUUUAAGAGACGGUUCCACACCCCAUGAAUUACAAAAUCUGUACUGAACAAUAGGCAGCUGGAGAAAACCAUGAGAAGCUCCUGCAAUAUGUUAAUGACCAGUUUCAAUACCAGAAAAGUUUUAAGCCAACAAGCCUCGGGGCGUUGUCCUCCAGGUUCACUUGAGAGGUUCCUGGGUCUUAUUUCUUGUGGUGAGACCAUAAUAAUGUUUUGAUAUUCUGUUGGUAGUUCCCCCCCGCCCAACUUUCCCUUCAAGAUGCUGUAUAAAAUAGGCACUCAGUGGUUUUACUGACUCAUCUUAACUGCCUGCACAAAGUACACAUUUUGAUUAAUUAGGUGAUUUAGCUCUUUUCGGAGCAUUUUUUUUCCUGUCAAUACAUUGGCUUUAUAGCAUUGUGCCAUCCUGCAUUAGUUUCCAAAGCCAAUUUUGAGCUGUGUACUGUUGGAGGCACAUUGGCAGCCCUCCUUUCUCUCUUUCCCCCUCCCCUCCCCCUUGCAAGGUUGGCUCAGUUCUUCCAAUGCAGACAAUUUUACUGUUCUUGGUUGUCCUGCCAGUAGUAGUACAGCAGCAUUUCCAGGCAGGAUUGUAAAAGCAUGCUCAGUUGCAUCACUGUCUUAGCAGUUAAGUAGUGCCAUACUGAACAAGACCAUCUUGUUACCCAAAGUGACAAACUAGAUGCCUAUGGAAAGUCCACAAGCAAGACACGAGGGCAAUAGCCUCUCCUGCUGUUACUCCCCAGCAGCUGUUAUUCAGAGCCAUGCUGCCUUUGACCUUGGAGGUAAUACACAGCCAUCAUGAUUAGUAGCCAUUGAUAGUCCUACUCUCCAUUGAAUUUGCCCAAUCCCUUUUUAAAGCCAAUGAUCCACACUAAUGAGGCAGGCUGUACUUCAAACCAGGGACGCAGGUGGCACUGUGGUCUUAACCACUGAGCCUCUUGGGCUUGCUGUUGGGUCAGCAGUUCGAAUCUGCAUGACGGGUUGAGCUCCCAUUGCUCUGCCACAGCUUUUGCCAACCUAGCAUUUCAAAAGCAUACCAGUGCAAGUAGAUAAAUAGGUACCGCUGCAGCAGGAAGAUGAAUGGUGUUUCCAUGCAAUCUGGCUUCCGUCACAGUGUUCCAUUGCACCAGAAGCUGUUUAGUCAUGCUGGCCACAUGACCUGGAAAGCUGUCUGUGGACAAACGCCAGCUCCCUCGGCCUGAAAGCGAGAUGAGUGCCACACCCCAUAGUCAAGUUUGACUGGACUUUACUGUCCAGGGGUCCUUUACCUUUUUACUACUCCAAACCAGGAUAUAUGCUUGAUGCUUCAAAUGAAGAAUAUCCUCAAAUCAAGGAACUGUCUGGUAUAAAUGUUUUGGACUUAAGUAUGUUGCCUCAGCUUAGACCAUGACUUGUUCUAAUUUGAGUUUAGAAUUUAACCAUGAUUUUAGUCUCUGAGCAUACAGACAUGCCAUGGUUCAAAGGUGCUUGCACGUCUGGUCUCAUUUUCUGUCUGCUGAGCACUCCAGACUAGUUCAUGGGUUGUCAAUUCAGACAUCCUUCCAAACCAUAGUUAGCACACACCAUAUUUGGCAACUUGCUUCCAGCCACAAUUUCUGCUUUUGGGUUGCUGUUGGAUCACAGAUAUACAGUUUCAUACCAAAGGCACAGUUAAGAUCCCUUAUUUAUAUGCUGGCAUGAUUUCUGAACCAGGUCACUGUUUGCAAAGGACCCUUGAAAACAAAUACAGAAACAUGAACUGGAGCCAAGUAGCAGUCAGAGAUAAUUAAGAGUUCAGAGAGAUCCUUCUGCAAAUAAAUUGGAAAAUAUAAAAUAGUUUAAAUGGUAAGCUGAGAUGAUAUUAAAGGGGUAGUCAACAGUUUCAUUAUUACAUGCUCAGCAGUUCACAGGACACAGAAGAGUGUAUUUUCAGGUUAAAACUUAGCUUUGACUUUAUAUAUCAGAGGUUGAGGAUUUUGGAGUGUAAAAGUGGUUUUCUACAUGGGCUCUGCCAAGGAGACCAAUAAGGAAUUAUUUCCAGUCCCUGAGGAAUGUUUGGAGUUCUUUGAAAAUGAGCCUGUGUCACCAGGGCUUCUGGGGCUUCUGUGAUCCAGUGGAUGGAGCCCGGAACUGAGGGGCUUUUGCCUGGCAGGUCAGGAAACUUUGUGAAAUGGAGAAGGGCCCUGGUGGGAGUAGGAUGUGGGCUUUGGUGGGAACAGAAGGCAGCAUGUGAGUUUACUAGACAGUGUGUGGCUGGGGGUGCAGAAGGAACUGAAGACAAUUUCAAGCCAAGUGGAAAACAGUCUGCCUCUUUGAGCCUGUUUCUGCACUCUUUGGAGAUACCAAGACUAGUACAGUGGUACCUCGGGUUACAGAUGCUUCAGGUUACAGACUCAACUAACCCAGAAAUAGUACCUCGGGUUAAGAACUUUGCUUCAGGAUGAGAACAGAAAUCGCGUGGUGGUGGCAGCGGGAGGCCCCAUUACCUAAAGUGGUACCUCAGGUUAAGAACAGUUUCAGGUUAAGAACAGACCUCCAGAACAAAUUAAGUUCUUAACCCGCAGUACCACUGUAAUGCUAAGACAUUAAAACCUCAGAUCAUACCUCUAGACCUGGCAAACCUGUUUUUAUCUCAUUCAUCUGUGCAUACCAGUGCCGGAUUUAGGGGCCCCACUCUCUUGCCCCCCCCAAAUAUACUUCUUCUUAAUUGUAUUUCACUAUAAAUAUACUUAUUCUUAAUUGUAUUUCAGUUCAACAACUACUUUGAUAAAAUACAUAUUUUGUUAUGUGCAAAUGGCUUUAGAUACCUAUUAGGUCCAUAAAUAACCAUACAGUAAUACCUCUGGUUACAUACCAUCCUCAUUGCAAACGCUUUGGGUAACGAACUCCGUUAACCCAGAAGUAGGUGCUCCUGGAAGCGAACUUUGCCCCAGGAUGCGAACAGAAGGUUCCAUUAGCGAAAGUGCACCUCAUGUUAGGAACUGUUUUAUGAUAAGAACGGACCUCCAGAACGAAUUAAGUUCGUAACCGGAGGUUCCACUCUAUAGCAUAUAUUCAACACAAAAAACAGUGACAAUUUGUUGUUGACAAAGGACAGCUGGGCAUAUAAAGGGCCCCAUUACCUUCAGUAGCUUAGGGCCUCAUCAAACCUAAAUCCAGCCCUGGUGCAUAUACAUGCAAAAACACACAUGCCACAUAUUGUACUGUAUAUAUAUUUUUUCCAGCUCAGCUUUACUCUCUAGGCUUUGAGCUUUCAAAUCAUUGCACUGCUACAAGAUCGCAAAAACGUUUUGUUUGGCUGUUUGCAAGAAAAGGGCAGAUUGGUAAUGGUAGCAAAGGCCAACUGCCAGCUCUUAGCAACAAGCAACGUAAUGCAUUCUUAUCUUCCUCUCUGAUCCUCCUUCCCCUGGCCUCGUAUUGCAGGACCAUUGAGGCUGAGGCAGUGUGUGGUGGUGGGGAGACCGAAUACAACAGUCUUGUUUUGUUCUUGGCAACCUGCCUUGUGCCACAAGGUUCCCAUGGUUCCCGUGUGUGAGGUGGGUACCCUUCAGGGGUGCUUGAGCAGUUGCUAGGGCCUGCUCAGCUUCUUCCUUUGUCUCUGUCCAUCUCUGCCCUUCAUUUCCUUCUACCUUGGAAGUGGGUGACUAAGCCUCACGCAUCCACAGAAUGCCAGUAGCCAGACCUCUUGGAUGCUCCCAGACAAAAGCCUCAGCACAGUGCAUGUCUGUGUGCAUGUGGGGGAGCGAGUGAGGGGACCACUUCUGCUUCUCUCCCCAAUUUGGGGUUUACAGGUGGAAUAGCAGUACUUGGAGGGAAAGCUGAAGUUUUGGAACAUCUGCCUUUGCACAUGGAAGGUCCCUGGUUCAUCUCUCCCCGCCCCCCAUCUCCAGGUAGGGCUGGGAGAGGCCCUAGUUUGAAACCCUGGAGUGCUGCUGCCAGUCAGUGCAGAUAGUAUUGAACUGGCUGAACCAGUGGACCACUUCCUACACUGUGGUGGUGGCUGCCUUGUGAACAUCACGCCACUGCAGUUGGCUGUGGUCAUCAUUGGAAGUUAUGGCUGCAGGAGGGGGAGGUUAAGGUGAGUGACAGACUGCCGCCUCCUCAGCCCUGCCAUUGCUAUACUACUGAAUGUGGUGGGAUCUUGAAAUGAGCAAAGGCCCCUUUCUCCGCUGAUGAAUCUGCAUUGGUGCAGAAAAAUCCUGAAACAAGCAAAGCUCCUUUGAGCAUGUAUUUGCCUUUGCAGCCUUUACUGUUAUAUCCCGCCUUUCCUCCAGAUACCUCAAGGUGCCAUGCACUGCUCUCCCUCUCCCCAUUUUAUCCUCUCAACAACCCUGUGGAGUGGCUCUUCAUGCUCUUCAAGGUUUCUCAGUGGGCUGCUUCUUCCAAAUGGGUAGCUUGCUGCUGGGAAGCAGCUGCCACUUCCCCUUUGCCCAGUCAACAACUGAGCGAGUGGGAGGGCUGGGCUCUGCCAUUGUGUCCCCUAUCUUGAGCACACACCCCAAAAAGAACAUUCUUGUAUUGCAUUUAAAAAGUUUCCCUAUUGCAGACAUUUCUCCAGCCCACGGACUGCAGAAGAUUCACGGGUGGGACCAGUUUCACCCUCAGACAGCAGUUUUGUCACAUGAGGAGAAAUGCCUGAAGUCAGAUGAUGAUGAUGAUGAUAAAAAAUAAUUUUAUUUAUACCCUGCCCUCCCCAGCCAGAGCCGGGCUCAGGGCGGCUAACACCAAUAAAAUCACAGUAAAAACAUAAUGGGGGGGGACCCAAUUUAAAAUACAGGUUAAAAUGCAAUUUAAAAUGCAGCCUCAUUUUAAAAGUAGCUGAUAGAUCAAGACCAUAAGGGGAGGGGGAAACAUAAGGGUCAGACUGAGUCCAAACCAAAGGCCAGGUGGAACAGCUCUGUCUUGCAGGCCCUGCGGAAAGAUGUCAAGGCCCGCAGGGCCCUAGUCUCUUGUGACAGAGCGUUCCACCAAGUCGGAGCCAGUACUGAAAAGGCCCUGGCCCUAGUUGAGACCAAUCUAACCACCUUGCGACCUGGGACCUCCAAAAUGUUGUCAUUUGUGGACCUUAAGGUCCUCCGCAGGGCAUACCACGAUAGGCAGUCCCGUAGGUACGUCAAAACCAGCACCUUAAACCUGACCCUGUACUCCACCGGGAGCCAGUGAAAUUGGUAAAGCACUGGAUGAAUGUGAUCCCGCGGCAAGAACCCUGUAAGGAGCCUCGCCGCCGCAUUCUGCACCCGCUGGAGUUUCUGGAUCAGCUUCAAGGGCAGCCCCGCGUAGAGCGAGUUACAAUAAUCAAGCCUGGAGGUGACCUUCACAUGGAUCACUGUGGCCAGGUCAGGGCGAGAAAGGUAAGGGACCAACUGCUUAAUAAGGCAGAGAUGGGAAAAUGCCACCUUUGCUGUGGCUGCAACCUGCGCCUCCAUGGAAAGGCUUAUGUGGUGGCUAUUGAUGUGUUUUGCCUUUGACACAAAAGUGAAUGAAAUGUGAGCUUGCUAAAUAAUGGUGCCUUUAGGCAAGUUCCUUGAGCCCCCCCUUUUUUGGGUCAUGGUGUACCAGUUGUCAAGUGUCCUUGUGCAUCCCAUCUUUUCUCCCUGCCUUCCCAAUUGUAUCCUCGUGACAACCUUGCAAGGUUGGUGCAGCUGACAGUUUAGAACUGCUUGUUUAUUCUUCCAAAGAGAUCAGGGCAACAUACCUGCUGAUUCUUCUUGCCUUAUAUUCUCACAACAAACCUGUGAAAUAGGUUGUGCUAAGAAAUUGUGACUGCCCAAGGUGAGCUUUGUGGAUAAGAAGGAACUUGAAUCCAAAUCGCAGGAGGAAGUUUUCCUCAUCAUAGUGCAAGUUUUUCUGAUUGCUGUGUAAAUGUCUUUCAUGAAAAUGUACACAGAAAAUAUAUUAACAUACAUUUUUCUCUUUAUUAUACAGCAGAUAUAAUUUCUACAGUAGAGUUUAAUCAUUCUGGAGAAUUGCUAGCAACAGGAGACAAAGGCGGUAGAGUUGUUAUCUUUCAACAAGAGCAGGAGGUGAGUUCUGUGUCAGUGUGGUCUGUUCAUACCCACAACCCAAUUUCCUCUACAGCAAGGCAGUCCAACUUUUCAUAUCAAGUGGGUUGCAAGAGUACUUCACUACGGAACCCAUGGGCCACACAGUGCCUCGUCACAUGGAGUGGAGAGUGAGGCCAAAAUUUGACGCCCCAGGACCUCAUGACCCAGGUAAAUGAGGCACUGGGCUUUGGGAUGGAGGCACGAGGCUUUGGCAGGGUGCUAGAGCCCGCCCACCUCCUUCCCAAAGCUGAGCAAGUGCUAACUAGGCUUCGGGAAGGAGGCAGGAGGACUCUAGGACCCUGUCAGAGCCCUCAUGCCUCCUUUCUAAAUCCCAGUGCUUCGCCUAUGCCAGGCAUGUCCAAAGUUCGUUUUGGGGGCCUAAUCUGGCCUGCCGGUCGGUUUAAUUUGGCCCCUGUGGCAACAAUUUUAAUCCUAAAAAAAAAGGUUAACAACUUUGGUCGGCCCUCACAGCCCUUCACUUCAUCAAAUCUGGCCCUCUUUGAAAAAAGUUUGGACACCACUGGCUUACGCUCUGGGGUGAGGACUGUGGGGUAAAAGGUUACUUGAGGGCCGCCAAAAAAGGCCUCCAGGGCUACAUGUAGCCCACGGGUUGCGUCCACCCUGCUCUAUAGAUUUCAAGAGGGAAUUGCAUCUUUUACCUGAAAAUUAUGGCCAGUUUAUGGUGCUCUGAGAAUAAGUUGAAAACAAGAACUACGCCAAAAAGUACCAGCAUGCUAUUCUACUGUUGUAACCCAGUGUAGAAAUGUUACAUAUGAAAUUUAUAAUUUAUGGUAGCCAUGACUGAUUGUAAGGAAAUACUGGCUAAAGAUUAGGAAUGCAGUUAAAAAAUGUGCAAACCUGUGUGACUUUCUGCAGAAGUAAGUCCUAUUUCAUUCACUGGAACUUAUUCCCAUGUGCAUAUCUAUACAGUUGUAAGAGCAACAAGCUUUAUUACAAAACUACAUGUUCAGUUUCUUUGGGCUGUUGUUUCUUUCCCACCAAACUGUUGUAAAAAUAAUCAUACUAAGAAGUGGUUCCUUUACUGUCUUAUAUGCUGAGUAUUACAGAACAGAUAAUGCCGACCAUUAUCUAGAAUAUUCCAGUGCUUGUGUAUUCCAAAUCACUGUUGUAUAAAACCUACAGAAGAUUGAUGAUGCAACCAAUUUAUUGAAAACAGGUGGCCAUUUAUUAAUUAUUGGAAAAGUAAAUCUGUUGGUAGAAGAGUUCUCCAUAGAUGUUGAAUAUAUUUUGAAAAACAAUUUAAAAUCAGCAAGGGGUCAAUGCUUUUUGGUGGAACACAAGCUUUUCAUGCAGGAGAUUCUAGGAAGCCAUUGCCCCCUAUCUAUCUAUUAGCAGGAUUAGGAAAUAUAUAUUUCUGCCUGAUACCUGGAGAGUUGCUGCCAGCCAGUGUAGGUGAGGGGUUGUAAAUGUUUUCUUCCGCUGGCACCUAUACAGCCUAGAUGAGCCAGAGAUCUAGCUAGGUUUAAGCAUCUUCAUAGGUGCUUCAUAGUUCUGCAAGAAUUCUUCUGAUUGUUCUUGCUCAGGAGUCCAGGGAGUAGCACUAAUGCAUCUUUUCCUUCUCCUUGUGUUUUUUUUUAUCCAAUCCAUUGUGUGUAACUUACUGAAGCAAUGCUUUUCCUACAGUCAUUGAGUUUCAAAUAGCAUUCUUCUUUUGUCCUAUUAAAAUCCUUCUCAAGUAGCCUACAUUUGUGCCUGUAAUAGAUUGCCCUACAUAGAUUUUCUCUUGCAGUAAAUAUAACUGAUAUUGUGCCUUUGAACAGGCACUGAACAUUUAUGAGCACUGGAAAUACCAUGUCAUAUGAAUAGCAAAUGUUUUGUCUGUUUUCAUUAAAAUGGCUUUGAAACCACUCAACCAGUUUGUGCUCAUAAGGUGUCCAUCAGACAACCAUGGUUCUUAGAAAGUACUGCACAUCUGUUUUAUGCAUUUCAUAGGUAAAGGGACCCCUGACCAUUAGGUCAAGUCAUGGACGAUUCUGGGGUUGCGGUGCUCAUCUCGCUUUAUUGGCCAAGGGAGCCGGCGUACAGCUUCCGGGUCAUGUGGCCAGCAUGAUUAAGCCGCUUCUGGAGAACCAGAGCAGCUCAUGGAAACACCGUUUACCUUUCCGCCGGAGCGGUACCUAUUUAUCUACUUGCACUUUGACAUGCUUUUGAGCUGCUAGGUUGGCAGGAGCAGGGAUCGAGCAACGGGAGCUCACCCCGUCGCGGGGAUUCGAACCACCAACCUUCUGAUCGGCAAGUCCUAGGCUCUGUGGUUUAACCCACAGCGCCACCCACGUCCUUUCAUUUCAUUUCAUAGAAUCAUACAAAUCAGAGUUGGAAGGGACUGCAAGGGACAUCUAGCCCCACCCUUCAAUGCAGGAACCUUUUUGCCUAAUGUGGGACUUGAACCCACAACCUUGAAAUUAAGAGUUACCGUAUUUUUCGCCCUAUAGGACGCACUUUUUCCCCUCCAAAAAUGAAGGGGAAAUGUGUGUGCGUCCUAUGGGGCGAAUGCAGGCUUCGUGGAGCCUGGAGAGCGCGAGGUGCGCACCGACGCCUCUCGCUCUCCAGGUUUCGCGGACCUCUCAAGCCGCGGGCGCGCUCCCGCGGCUUGCGGAGUGUUGCCGGCAUGCUGAAGCCUGCGCGCGCUGAGAUCAGCGCGUCCAGGCUUCGCGGACCUCUCCGCAAGCAGCGGGAGCGCUCCCGCUGCGUGCGGAGAGGUGCCCGCAUGCUGAAGACUGCGCGCGCUGAGAUCAGCGCGUCCAGGCUUCGCGGACCUCUCCGCAAACAGCGGGAGCGCUCCUGCUGCUUGCGGAGAGGUGCCGGCAUGCCGAAGCCUGCGCGCGCUGAGAUCAGUGUGUCCAGGCUUCGCGGACCUCUCCGCAAGCAGCGGGAGCCAGCGCUGGGCUCCCACUGCUUGCAGAGAGCUGCCUGUUUGGGGGCUGGGGUCGGGGGAAGCUCGGGCCUCCCCCGCCCCAGCCCCGCGCCUGGGGGGGGAAAUAAUUUUUUUCCCUUUAUUUCCCCCCAAAAAAACUAGGUGCGCCUUAUGGGACGGUGCGUCCUAUAGGGCGAAAAAUACGGUACUCUUUUGUGGCCUAAAAAGACAGUAGAGCCAUCACUUUGGGCCUUUUUUAGUUAAGAAAAAAAGACACGUAAGAGUUGACAUGAUAAGGAUGCAUAAAAUUAUACAUGGUGCGAUCAAGUAGAUAGAGAAAGGUUUUUCUCCCUUUCUUGUAACUAGAUCUCGUUCUGGAGGAUUCAGAGCACACAAAAGAAAGUACUUCUUCACUCAGGGUAUUGCUAAACUAUGGAAUUGGCUUCACAAAAGGCAGUGAGCGCCACCCACUUGGAUGGCUUUAAAAGGAGAUGAGACAGAUUCAUGGAGGCAAAGGCUAUAUCAAUUAACCAUGAUGGCUGUGCUCUUACCUCCACUGUCAGAGGCAAUGUGGCUCUGAGUACCAGGUGCUGGGAGUUGCAGGUGGGCAGGGUGCGUUCAUGUCCUGCUUGUGUGCUUCCCACAGGCAUCUGGUUGGCCACUGUGAGCACAGGGCACUCGACUAGAUGGGCCACUGGGCUGGUCCAGCCAGAGAGUCUUACGUUCCUCUGAUUGCCUAGGAUGUCUUGCCUCGGUAUGGGUAAAGGUAAAGGGACCCCUGACCAUUAGGUCCAGUCACGGAUGACUCUGGGGUUGCGGUGCUCAUCUCGCUUUAUUGGCCGAGGGAGCCGGCGUACAGCUUCCGGGCCAUGUGGCCAGCAUGACUAAGCCGCUUCUGGCGAACCAGAGCAGCGCACGGAAACGCCGUUUACCUUCCCGCCGGAGUGGUACCUAUUUAUCUACUUGCACUUUGAUGUGCUUUCGAACUGCUAGGUUGGCAGGAGCAGGGACCGAGCAACGGGAGCUCACCCCGUCGCGGGGAUUCAAACCGCCAACCUUCUAAUCGGCAAGUCCUAGGCUCUGUGGUUUAACCCACAGCACCACGUAUACUGUAGCGUAUAUCGGUACGUAUACUGUAUGUAUAUUGGUACGUAUACUGGGCGGUUUUUACAUAAAAAGCUCUUGGAGGUUCUUACGGUUUAUAAGUCAUCUUUGCAACUCCUCUAGCCUUUGUACCUUUCUCUUCUCACACAAUCACACUCUCUUUCUGUACUCUUUCUUUCUGGUAAGGAUUUUUCCUUCCCAAGUUACUUUGAUCUCUUAGUGCCAUCUAGUGGGGACAAUGAUAUAUAUUUAUUUAUUACAUUUAUAUCCUGCCCUUCUGGUUCAACUGGACAACCGAGACAGCGAACAAAAGGUGGCUAACAGGUUUUUUUAAGCUGAUUUUUUUAGUACAUUAAAAUAUUUAAAACCUUAAAACGGGUUUCACAUACUAGGUUCCAAAUUUGGGAAAGGAGUUUAUGGAAAUAGGAAACAUCAGUUUCGUGGUAUGGUGUUUUUAAAUCAGCUAAGAUUAUAACCUCCUUAAGGAACUCAGGAGGGUAAUGCUUAAAAUAACAUAUAUUGCAGAAAGGUUAGCAAGAACUCUAUAAAACAGAUGGCAGCCAAUUCUUGGCUUGGCCGCCACAAAAUAUAAUCAAAACUGCAUAUAUUGGAUAAACGGUAUUUUAGGGUUGGUGUUAUCUGCUGGUUUGAUCUGUUCUCAUUAUUAAACUGCCCUUACUGUUUUGUGGUGGUUUAUGGUUGAGAUAAAUGAAAUUGAAAAGAAUCUAAUAUAUAAAAUCUAUUUCUUAGGGAAAUCAGAAAAGGUAUUUUGAGACAGGGAUGGGUAACCUGUGGCCCUCCAGCUUCUACUGGACUACAACUCCUAUCAUUCUUGAACCCUAGUUAUGCUGUCUGGGGCUGAUGGGAGAUGUUGCCCAGCCACAGCUGGAGGGCCAAAUGUUUCCCUAUCUCUGUUUAAAAGGCUUAUCGAGCUUCUGGAAAUGUGUAUGUUUCUUCAGAGGAAAUGUCCAUUCCAGAAUUCAUGUCAAAACCCUCACUGGGAGCAGACCGUGGUCUCUGUUCCUGCAGGAGCUGCUCUCUUCCCACCUGUGUUGAUGAAAUGCUCCCUGUGCAACAGUGGGGUACACUGUUCCACACCUGCGUGAUUGUGGUGGAUUGUCUUGUUCAUUACGCGUUUCAUGAGAAGGACAUAAAGAGAGAAGGACGUAAGUUCAGUGGUGAGGUACAGGCUUGUCCUGGGUUCAGUCUCUGGCAUUUCCAGUUAAUUGAAGCUAGCAGGUGAUGAGAAAGAGUUCUACUAAAGCUCUGAAGAGCUGCUACAGAUCAGAAUAUUUAUUGAAGAAAUGUCUGUUUUCAUAAAAUCUUCCUAAAAUCCCAGAGCAGUUCAUUAUCUGUUGAUUGGAAGGUGGGACUCGCCUGUAGUCAGUAUUGCUUACCUGUCCAUCUUAAUGUCGCAAUGAAAUCCUGUCCAUUCCUUUUUGCAUGGAUGCUGUCCAGAUUAUGUUUGUCUGCUGUUUAAAAAAACUCAGCAAUCAGUUCAAAACAAUCUUAACUACAGGGUGAGAUAAAAUAACACCGGCCUGGUGUUUAAAAUGCCACUUGCUUCAUUCUUUACAAUUUAUUAAAAUGCCUGUGAGAAUAAAAAAAAAUGUAUUGGCCUGCCACCUAUAUGAUAACAAAGUGGGUGUUGGGUGAGCUGUCCUAGGGAGGGAAUUCCAUAAUACUCUUAAGAAUCAUAGAAUGUCAGAGUUGGAAGGGACCCCAAGAGUCAUCUAGCCACCCCUGCAAUGCAGGAAUUCUUCCCACAGCCGUCCCUGGGUGGGCUCAAACCACCAAACUUCUGGUUAUCAGCCAGGCGCACGGACCCACUUCCCCACAGGAGGGCUGGGUGCUAUCUGCUUGACCUCGGUUGGUGGCAGCGCCCUGAGAAGGGUCUCUGUAGAAGAACUUUAUUCCUGAGCAGGUUGUUAUGGGAAAAGGUGAUCCUUAAGGUGUCCAGUAAUAGCACUGGAGUAGAAAGACAAUUUGUCUGACCUCAUAUAAGGUAGCUUCCUGUGUAUCGGCCAAGCACCACCCAUCAGAACAGGUGAUUCCCAGUCGCUAUCCACAGAGCAGUAUCGGUUGAAACAGGAUCUCUUCGUAGAAUUCACCUGACAUGAAAGCUGUCGUCAUGCCUGGGCUGGAAUGAGGUGGCAGUGCAACCGUGCAAAGCAUUGUGGAACAGCUUAGAAGGCAGGAAAUGAAUACUGCCCUGUAAUUGUUAAUAAGGCGGGAUUCAUGCCAGUGCAAUGUUAAUUACCUUGGGCUGGAAUUUGGCUUCAAACCUGCCUCCUGCUUGAAAAGGUGCCUGGGAUGUUUUAAAUGGCGUUGGCAUCCUCACGCCCUUGAGUGUGGUUCAUCACCCUCUUGGAAUUGCAGAUGUUGGCUAAACAAGUGCUAAGAGGUUUAGCUUUGGAUAGCAGUUUGGAGGGAAGAGCAUCUGUGAGUCUUGACUAGGGUGUCCUACAGCACAAUAGCUGUUUAUUACACAUUUGAAAUCAGGCAGGGAUGGAGGACCACAGAUUCGCUUUCCUUGAUCUAAAGAAUGCUUUUUCAUUGCUUCAGAAUGUUUGUGUUCAUUAAUGCAAAUUGAUCAGUAAGCUCAUAUAAUUGGUCAAUUAAGAGUUUGUUGCUUAAAUGACAGCCUCAAAAAUAAUUCAUGUCUGUGAAGUGGCUCUAAUUUCUUUGUAUCGCACUAAUUGUAAUCUGUAGGUGGCCUACAUUAACUACACUGGUUAUUCACUGAAUUCCAUGCAAUUUCUCUCCCCUCUCCCCUUCCCCUUUCAGAACAAAACGCAAUCUCACAGCAGAGGAGAAUACAAUGUUUACAGUACCUUUCAAAGCCAUGAACCAGAGUUUGACUACUUGAAAAGUUUAGAAAUUGAAGAGAAGAUCAACAAAAUUAGGUGGUUACCCCAGAAAAAUGCUGCUCAGUUUUUAUUGUCUACAAAUGGUAAGGCUCAUUCAGUGUUUGAUUUAUGACAGGUCUUCCUAUAGACCUAUUUGUGCAGCCGUCCUUUUUCUUCAUUCUCUUAAUUUAGGCAUGAGCUGCAGUUGAUGGCUAAAGUGAAAGGUGUGCCCUCUCCACUUCUUUUUAGACUAUUUGCUUCUUCAGGACUCUUGUUAUCUUCAUAUCCCCAUCUAAUGUUGGUGGAUGGUGGGUGCUGGAGGAGGAGUUGCUUAGGAAGAGGCAGAAGCGACCUCACAGCGACCAGCAACUGCCUUCUUCCUUGCCACUUCCUUUCUGACAUUUUGAUAUACCGCCGUACCACAAUGUUUAGCAGGUGGUAUAUUACAAUGUUGGAAAGCAGUUAUUGCCCAGCCCUGCUUCCUAUCUCCCAUCUCAAAUCCAACUCUCUCAGAAACUGCUCCUUUUAUUCACCCUCCCAAAGUGCUGCUCCUCCUUCUUCCUUGGCUAGCUGACGUUAUCAAUCAGAGAGAAGCUCCAACACUUUGGUGAAAUUUCUGCAGGACUGUAUCACUAGACUCUAGUCUGGCUCUGCUGUCUGUCCCAUCAGGAUUCCUGAAUGUAAGAUCUGAAGCCCAGGAUAUUCUUUUCUGGCUCCUUGACCAGCUGUGCACUUUUGAGUUCCUACUUCAAAAAGAGGGCUUCUUUGUUGUCUUUAGUUCUGUGCCAUAAGGCAUGAAAUUAGACUUGAAAACAUCUUUUCAUGGUUCUGCAAGCUGCUCUGGGUAACCUGCACAGUAGUCAGAACCAUUGUUUAUACUGUCCUUUGUCCCCAUACCCCACUGCUGCUAAGUCUAAAAUAUGUGUACAGUGGUACCUCAGGUUAAGUACUUAAUUCCGGAGGUCCGUUCUUAACCUGAAACUGUUCUUAACCUGAAGCACCACUUUAGCUAAUGGGGCUGCCGGGCCGCCGGAGCACGAUUUCUGUUCUCAUCCUGAAGCAAAGUUCUUAACCCGAGGUACUAUUUCUGGGUUAGUGGAGUCUGUAACCUGAAACGAAUGUAACCCGAGGUACCACUGUAACAGAAAUAAAUACAUAGGCAACCCCCAGUUUAGCCAUACCCACAUUUCCAUUCUUUCUCUUGUCCCUUUAGCAUUGGAAUUUGGAUUGUAAUCUCCUCAGGAAUGGGACCUGUACUUUGUAAUGUAUCAUUCAGGUUGACCAGCUAGUAAAAAGUGUUCUACUAAGCAGACCGGCACUGGGUGACAUAGCUGAGUGACAGUAAAUUUAAAAACAAUACAAAGUAGACACCAGUGGCAGAGACCUGUUCAUCCAGCUGGGAAUUAUUGUUGGAGGAAAAAUGUCUUGAUUUGUUUCUGGAUAGCGGGCAUAAGAAUGCUGUUCCACAGAUUAGGGCAGCCACACUAAAAGCCUUGGUCUGAGGCUGUUACACCCUUUCCUAUAGGAUAGGGGUAAUUAACCUGUGGCCCUCCAGAUAUUGCUGGACAACAACUCCCAUCAUCCCUUGACUAUCUGCUAUGCUGGCUGGGGCUGAUGGGAGUUGGAGACCAGCAGUAUCCUAAAGACUACAGAUUAGCCACCUCUGCUAUUGGAAAUUAAUCAAAGCCAGGGCACUAUCAGCCCACUGUUCAGCAUCAGUGGAAGAAAGGUUUAUUUAAAAAUAAAAACUAUGAACAAGCUUUAACUAGCUGGAAUUGUCUUCCCUUGUGCAAUCAGUAUGUUUUAUUGGUCAUGGUUUCGGUACUCUUAACGCUGCUCACUGCGACCACUGUAAUGUAUUUCAGAUAAAACAAUAAAACUAUGGAAAAUCAGUGAACGGGAUAAAAGACCAGAGGGCUAUAACUUGAAAGAAGAAGAUGGGCGGUAUAGGGACCCUACUACAGUCACAACAUUACGGGUGAGUAACACUUUCAUUUGUCACGUGUGGCAAGCACUUAAUGUCAAGGGUGCAACGUGCAUAGUCUUGAUUUCCCCACAGUGGCUCACAGUUUUAAAACAGGCUUCAGAUCAGAUGCUGGCUAACUGUGGUUUGGCAUGAUGUCCAAAUCAACAGAUAAUCACUACAGCUAUUUCUCAAUCUCCGAAGGCCCAGUGCCAUGUUGAGCAGAUCAAAACAACCACCGCCACUCCUAUGAGCCCUGAUCUUCCCAUGCCAAGAGAUGUUGGCUUUCUGCCUCUCAUGCUGAUAGCAUUUGGUGGUGCACUUCCCUGUUAGAGUAAGUGAGAAAGAGCCAUUCAUUUCCAAAAACUGUGAGAAGAUUCUUGAAGAUUCUUGAAGCAUUGAGGUGCAAGAUUGUUCAGUCUACCUCAGCUAUAAAUAGAUGUGGAGCAUCUAGCUGUGGACUUGCGUGAUUCCUACAGGGGAGAGACUGCUGAGCUGUGUGCAGGCAGCAUGUAGGAUUGAAGUGUGCCUUACUAUCUGUGUGGUAGUAAAGUUGUAAAUAGUCUUCUGCCAACAAGAUUGAUACUGCCUUUCAAGUAAACAGUGCUCGGCUGAGCUUUACUGCUUCCAUGAGUGUUUAAUUGCCAUUGGCCAUGCACAACUUGAUUCUUUCAGCACUUAAGCUGUGCCAUCGUCACUCUGCUGUACAAGGGAUCUAGCAUACAUGCAAGGAAUUGAUGCUGGACCACCCUCAAGAUUUAUGGUUGGAGAUCGUAAAAUCUUCUUCAUUCCCCAAUGAUACAGUGGAAGGGAAACACAGGGGAGGUCAGCUCCAGGGCACUUUUUGCAGAACAGGAAUGAAUGUGACAUCUGAUGAAGCACUGGGUGAACUGAUGGGUCCUCCUUGCUCUGGCAAGUGAACAAGGUGAUAUCGUGUUUUCUUAUUGUUUGUGAUAGAUUAGCAUAGAGGAAGUCAACUAAUCAAACAGAGAGGUUGGACACUUUCUUCCUUUUCUUUGGUGGGGUUCGUACUCCAUGCUUGCAUUUUAAAUGGUAAUACUUUCUUGCAUAAUCAUUUGCCAGAUCUCUUCUACAAGCUGAAUUUAUUUUAGAAACAUCUAUUCCAUCACUGUCAACUGAUCCUAGAAAAUUGGGUAUUGUACUGUGCACUGUUGUUGUUUUGUGGGGUGGAUAUAUAUGUGCAUAUCUAGCUCAUCAUAGCCGCCUGCAUUUUUUAGCUCUUCGUGGAGGGACAGGGCAUUGGGGUGUGUAAUGAUGUGUUCCUGCGCUUCAGAAUUUGCCACUACUUCACCGCUGCUGAAGAUGUCUCUGUUCCCUUGUACUUUGCAGGUGCCAGUAUUCAGGCCCAUGGAUCUCAUGGUGGAAGCCAGUCCACGAAGAAUAUUUGCCAAUGCACAUACAUACCACAUUAACUCUAUCUCCAUCAAUAGUGAUUAUGAAACAUACCUGUCUGCUGAUGACCUACGGAUUAACUUGUGGCACCUGGAAAUUACAGACAGAAGUUUUAGUAUCUUUUUCUCAAAAAUGUAUUUAUAUUGAAUUUAUAUUCAGUUCGUUGGAAGAUCAUUUGAUUUAUCUUAGAGUAGUAUUGCCUUCCUUCCUUCUUUUUCUGCUGUGAAAAAGAUGAAUUCCAUGUCAGGGAACAUUAGGACCAUAUCAAAAACAAAACUGCCAGUAUUAUAUAAAUCUGUGGUACAACCCGGCUUAGAGCAUUCUGCACAGUUGACUGGACGAAAAGAAUAUUGUAGAACUGGAAAAGUGUGAAAUUGGGCAAAGAAAAUGACAUAGGCUGCUGGAGCAACUCUCUUACAAGGCAAGGUUCUAUUUAUGGGGGAGGGGAGCAUGGGGAAAUGUGAUGGAAAUUUACAGAAUGUAUGUAUGGUUUGGAUAACAUAGGUAGAAAGGUUUUUCUCCCCCAUAGUACUGGGAUCUAAAGAGCAGCAUUCUCCAGAAAUCUCUUUCCCCUGCGGGUUGGUUACAGUGCAGAAAGGGGGCUGUGAAACUUGCUAAAAGGAGAGUCCUUAACAUAAUAAAUCUCUAGAUAUUGUAGAUAUUAAGCCUGCCAACAUGGAAGAGCUGACAGAGGUGAUAACGGCAGCAGAAUUCCAUCCAAACAGCUGUAACACAUUUGUAUACAGCAGUAGCAAAGGAACAAUCCGUCUUUGUGACAUGAGGGCAUCUGCACUCUGCGACAGGCAUUCAAAAUGUAAGUAGUUUCUUUCAGUACUAAUCAACUUCUUGUUGCUGUUUUUUCUCUCUUUCGAGAAAAUCACGAGUCAAGCAAGAAAAUGUCGAGGGUGUUUAAGCUUGCCAACCCCAAGGGGUGCCAUAACCCUGUAGAAACAGUACAGUUAAAAACAUCAUUGCUUCUAUCCACUGCCACUCAGCAGAGCAGAGCAACACACAGGUCAUAAUAAUGAGACUAUGGUAGAGGCGAACAGCUGGUCUGUACUGUUCCUCCAAGUCCAUUCAAGGCAGUAGAAGUUCAUUCAAGGCCUAGAAAGAUGUAGAUCGGUUUCAGAACUUGGCACUUUGAGGAUUUCAGAUUCCACGUUGCUGUUUUGAAAACAAGCUUCUGUCCAUCAGUGGCUGCAGAGAUGGUCUGGAAAGUUUGUGGGCAGUGCUUGUUGAGAUCUUAAUAGUCAGACUUGGAGUGGGUGAAUUAUUUCCAGUGGCUGACAAUUAGGCUUCAGAUUGCUCCAUACUUCCCUCCAUGUUUAUUAGCAAAUUGCUUUCAUUUUUUUAAAAAAGGUAUUCUAUAAAGUUCGGUUUGCAUGGUCUUUGCAAAAGUUGAAUGCCCAUCUGUCAUGGAUGCUUGAGUUGAGAUUCCUGUGUUUGUAGGCAGUUGGACUAGAUGGCCCUCAGGGUCACCUACAACUCUACAAUUCUAUGAUCCUACAUAGGCUGGUAGAUUUGGAUAUUUUUGGCACAAAACAUAGUUUGCCUGGCUGGAGACCUUGAACCGUUUACACCUCUCCUGGGAAAUGUAUGCAUCUGUAUAAGGAGGUCUGUCUCACUUUGUGAGGAUUCUGGUUUAAAAUAACAACAUUGCCUCAGGGUUUGUUUGUUUUUCAAUCAGGCAACUAAUGUGUAAUAUUUCUCUUCACAUCCAUUUGGGAUCCCCAGUAGUGAUAUUACUCCUUUUUUGCUUCAAUGUGCAUGAGAAACGAAUGUUUAUCUUCAUGAAAUGUGAUGAUAGAACCACUGUGCUUGUCCUCUGCUUGUAGUGUUUGAAGAGCCAGAAGACCCUAGCAACCGAUCGUUUUUCUCCGAAAUCAUCUCCUCCAUAUCUGAUGUCAAAUUCAGCCAUAGUGGUCGAUAUAUGAUGACUAGGGAUUAUCUGUCCGUGAAAAUUUGGGAUUUAAAUAUGGAAAACAGACCUGUGGAAACAUACCAGGUAUGCUAUGAAGAUAAUGGGUCUCAGAUUUGACUUCAGAAAUCACAGUGUACGUGUCUAAAUAAUACGUAUGUCCUUGAAUCUGCAUGGAUGAGACCUUUUUUAAUAUAUAUAUUUCACUGAUUUUUCUUAAGAACAAUUUAAUUGAACAAAGUAAGAUAAAAAUAAAAAGUGGAAAAUAAAAUAUGUACUAUAUCAAUUUUAAUGAUUAAAAUUCCAUAUUUGGCUUCAUAAUAGAUACUGAUGUUUUUAAAAACUCAAAAUAUUGAACAAUUCAUUUAUUGUCGUCAUGCCCAACCACUGUGUCUCCUCCUCCUUAGGUACAUGAAUACCUCAGAAGUAAACUUUGUUCACUUUAUGAAAAUGACUGCAUUUUUGACAAGUUUGAGUGCUGCUGGAACGGAUCAGACAGGCAAGUCUCGACUUAUUUUGUUUUCUUUUAUUUCUGAGCACUUGAAUGCAAGCCGGUGAUUUGAAGUACUGUUUCCUUAGUUGAGCAAUACCUGAAUGAAAUGUGCUUCCCUCUCCUCCCUUAUCUCAGGCUCACAUUUUUGCCUUAAACCAGAUGUUUAGGAGACUAUUUUGGGGGCAGGGAGAGUACAAAUAGUGAGGUGAAAAGAACUUCUUGUUGACUUGUCAUUUUCGUUCAUUCAGCUGUCAUAGUUUUACUGUUCUCGUCUCCUGCCAUGUGGCUUUGUCUCAGGAUGCUUUGUGGAUUCCAGAUGAACUGUAUUAACAAUCCCCCAACCUCCCGCUUCAAGGGAGCCUUGUGCAAAUGCAUGCCAUUAAAUAUUUUUUUACCAUGUAAUCCCCCUGUAAAACUCUCUCUGUGUGUGUGUGUGUGUGUGUGUGUGUGUGUGUGUGUGUUUCCAAGCCAUUCACAAAUUUAUUUUUCAGUUUUUCAAUUUUUGUUGUUGUUGUUUAGUCGUUCAGUAGUGUCCGCCUCUUCGUGACCCCAUGGACCAGAGCACGCCAGGCACUCCUGUCUUCUACUGUCUCCCGCAGUUUGGUCAGACUCAUGUUUGUAGCUUUGAGAACACUGUCCAACCAUCUCGUCUUCUGUUGUCCCCUUCUCCUUGUGCCCUCCAUCUUUCCCAACAUCAAGGUCUUUUCCAGGCAGUCUUCUCUUCUCAUGAAGUGGCCAAAGUAUUGGAGCCUCAUCUUCACGAUCUGUCCUUCCAGUGAGCACUCAGGGCUGAUUUCCUUCAGAAUGGAGAGGUUUGAUCUUCUUGCAGUCCAUGGGACUCUCAAGAGUCUCCUCCAGCACCAUAAUUCAAAAGCAUCGAUUCUUUGGCGAUCAGCCUUCUUUAUGGUCCAGCUCUCACUUCCAUACAUCACUACUGGGAAACCCAUAGCUUUAACUAUACAGACCUUUGUUGGCAAGGGGAUGUCUCUGCUUUUUAAGAUGCUGUCUAGGUUUAUCAUCGCUUUUCUCCCAAGAAGCAGGCGUCUUUUAAUUUUGUGACUGCUGUCACCAUCUGCAGUGAUCAUGGAGCCCAAGAAAGUAAAAUCUCUCACUGCCUCCAUUUCUUCCCCUUCUAUUUGCCAGGAGGUGAUGGGCCCAGUGGCCAUGAUCUUUGUUUUUUGAUGUUGAGCUUCAGACCAUAUUUUGCGCUCUCCUCUUUCACCCUCAUUAAAAGGUUCUUUAAUUCCUCCUCACUUUCUGCCAUCAAGGUUGUGUCAUCUGCAUAUCUGAGGUUGUUGGUAUUUCUUCCGGCAAUCUUAAUUCCGGCUAGGGAUUCAUCCAGCCCAGCCUUUCGCAUGAUGAAUUCUGCAUAUAAGUUAAAUAAGCAGGGAGACAAUAUACAGCCCUGUCGUACUCCUUUCCCAAUUUUGAACCACCAAUCAGUUGUUCCAUAUCCAGUUCUAACUGUAGCUUCUUGUCCCACAUAGAGAUUUCUCAGGAAACAGUUGAGGUGAUCAGGCACUCCUAUUUCUUUUAAGAACUUGCCAUAGUUUGUUGUGGUCGACACAGUCAAAGGCUUUUGCAUAGUCAAUGAAGCAGAAACUCUCCCUCUUUUGUGGAUCCUUAUAUCAGAAUCCCGCCUCCCCCAUCUCCUUUAUAAUUCCAAGUUUUCAUAAAUCCUUAAUAUUCCUUAGUUCAAAAUUUUAACUAGAAGUUAUAAAUCAAUCCUGCUAAUGAAUUUAAUUGUUUACAAUAAUUUUUGGAAAUUAAUUUACUUUUAAUGUCUAACAACUCUUUUUCAAAUUGGGAGGUUUCAGUCGAAAAACCAUUUUAAAAUUCAAUUUAAAUACUUCAUUAAAAUGAUAUUACUGCAGCCAAUCGAUUACGAAACCUCUUAUAUCUUCAGAUCUCCUUAAUUUUAUCUCUUGAUAUGCUUCCAUAUCGCCCAAUGGUUUCUCAUUUCUUAUUUUCACAUAUACAGUGGUACCUCGGGUUACAUACGCUUCAGGUUACAGACUCCGCUAACCCAGAAAUAGUGCCUCGGGUUAAGAACUUUGCUUCAGGAUGAGAACAGAAAUUGUGCUUCAGAGGCGUGGAGGCCCCAUUAGCUAAAGUGGUGCUUCAGGUUAAGAACAGUUUCAGGUUAAGAACGGACCUCCGGAACAAAUUAAGUACUUAACCCGAGGUACCACUGUAUUGCCUCUAUUAGAGAGAACCACCACAAUGUUUUUUGUUCUUUUUUUUGGUAUUUAUUACAUACUUUGUACACCGUCUUCCUUAUAACAUGAUUCAAAAAGCCCUUAUGGGCUUUAACCUUGUCAUACCACAAAUAUGCAUGUCAACAAAACCUAUUAUCAUGUCCUUCCAGAUCCAAAAAUAAGUAUUUUCUAAUGCUAUCCAUUCUUUUAACUAGCAAAGAUAGGAUGCCUCAUAAUAUGCUCUCAGAUUUGGCAGGGAGAAUCCACCUCUCUCUUUAGAAUCGUAUCAACAAUUUGUAUUUUAUUCUUGAUUUCUUUCCCUGCCAGAGAAAUAUAGUAAUAGCCUUUUGCCAUUGUAUAAAACAUCCUGUAUUGCUGAUCGUUAGCACUGUUUGAAGUAGAAAGAACAUUUUUGGUAGCACAUUAAUUUUUAUCACUGAUAUCCUCCCCAAUAAGGACAGAUUCAUUCUUCCCCACAUCUCUAAUUUUUUCUUAAUUUCCCCCCGAACUUUAACAUAGUCUUUUAAAAUACUUAUAUUCUUUGCUAUCAGCCACACUCCUAGAUAUUUAAGUUUCUUUUCAAAUAUUAGUCCAGUCGACUGUAGAUCUUUCUUCAUUUGAUCAUUCACAUUUUUAACCAAAAUUUUCAGCUUGCUUUUGUUUUAAACCUUCUACUUCUCCAAAUUCAUUGAUUUCUUCUAAAGCCUUUGGUAUACUAACCAAUGGCUCCUCUACUGAUAAUGCCACAUCAAUGGCAAAUACCUUCAGCUUAUAUGCUCUCUGACCCACUGUUACCCAUUUAAUUGAUACAUCAGAUCUUAUUCUUCCAGCUAAGACUUCUAAAGCCAAUAUAAACAACAACAGUGACGGAGCACCUGUCUUGUCCCUUUUGUUACUUUACAUUUUUCUGUUAGCUCAUUAUUUGCUAUCAGCAUUGCAUAUUGAUUUGAAUAUAUUCCUUUCCAAAAGGUCUCUCUGAAAUUAAUCAUUUCCAUCAUUUUCUUCAUAAAAGUCCACAAAAUAUUAUCAAAGACCUUUUCUGCAUCUUUAAACAUCAAUGCUGCUUGCUUCCAAUUUCUUACCUCCAAGUAUUCUAUCAGUUAUAUUCCUUACAUUAUCUUUCAUCUGUCAACCAGGCAAAAACCUGGUCUGAUCUUGGUGAAUUAUGUCUUUUAGUACCAUUUUUAUCUGGUUUGCCAAUAUAGCUGCAAACCGCUUACAGUCAUCAUUUAAUAGAGAAAUUAGCCUAUAGUUUGUUACUAACAAUAAGUCUGGUUUUUGUUUUAGAAUGAGUGCAAUAUAAGAAUUUCUCCAAGAGUCUUCCCUGUUUUUAGUAUCUUAUUCAUUACAUCUUUCAAUGGCUGGACAAUGUUAUCUUACAAUUUCUUAUAAAACUUUGCUGACAGUUCAUCUGGUCCUGGUGUUUUGCCCAUUUUGGCUUGAUUAAUUGCCUGCUGUAGUUCCAUCAUCAUUAUGGGUGCAUCGUUAUGUGUGCCAUUAAUUUUUCAGGCUUAAAAGCAGCCUUGCCUGUGGACAGUUUGGUGCUUGGCCUCCUUUUCUCAUUUCAGGGCCAUAACUGCUAGGUCAGAUUAUUUAUCCCUCCAGCCUGGUAUUGUAGGAAGUCUUCCUCCCCACCUGCUACCUGAGGCUUUUUCUUUACAAUGGUGAUGCUGGGGGUUGAGCCUGGAACCUUCAGCAUACAAGCCAUGUGCUCUCAGUGAGCUGUGGUCCCUCCUCUACAAAGAAAAGCUGCAUUAAAAGCUAAUGUGCACGAGCAGUUAUUUAAAAGUGCGGUGCAUCUUUAUUCCACUUACUGCUUUCUUCUCCAAACUUGCCUCCUACAGCCUGAAUAAUAAGAAUGUCCCCUGUCAGUUCAAUUGCUGGAGGCCAACAGGGAACAAUAUUUAAUUUUCAUACUCCAUAUGGAUGGAUAUUUUUCUUUAAAGAAAUACAUUUAAAUAAAGAAUUUAAAUAUAAAGAAAGGGGUGAUGAUGCAGUUCUUCCUGGACAAUGCAGUCCAGAGUGCCUGAUUAAUUAAAAUGUAAAACAUCCUUCCUGAAAGUUGAAACAUUGCGUAGGAGAAUGAUAGGCUAUCUUCCUGCAUACUGGAGGCUUCUCCACCUACACCUUGAAGAGCUGCAAUCUAAUUCAAUGUCUGAUCAGACUACAGGUUUAUUAGUCUAGCUCUACUACACAGGAGUGAUGUGACCCUUUUCUGGCUCUUAGGAGUGUGAAAGUCAGGCAUACCUAAGAGGCACACAAUUGUAAUUAUAUCAUAAUUAUUUUCUUAGCAACUGCGUCAUAAUUUUGUCAUGAUUAGAGGGCUUGUCACUAUUCCCAGUAUAGCACGAACUGCUUCCUGGAAAUAAAAUAUGAAGUCAGUCAUAGGAAUGGCAAGUCUGUAAGAGACUGUGGGCAUAGUAGUUAAGAGUGUCAAAUUUUCACUAGGACGUGAAGCUCCCUGGGUUACCUUGCGCAAGUCGCCAUCUCACAGGCUGUCCUACGCCAUAAAGUUGUUGGCAAAAUGAAGAGGAACCACAUUUGCUGCCCUGAUUGCCUGGGAUUUAAAAUGCCCUAAACAAAUUAACAGAUUUCUUUUUUGGAAUAAAUUUGUAUUAGUUUUCAUUUACACUCCAAUAAUAGCCUAUUAUAACAAUACCAAUUUAUAAUACAAUUAUUAAUACCAAUCAUUCAAGUACCAAAUUAUAUAAUUUAGUUAAAGUGCCCCCUCCCCACAUGCUAGAUUUUAUCAUUUGAUUAUUUCCUUUAUUUCUGCGUUCCAAAAUCUUACUAGUUUAAAUUAUAUUCCGGUCAUAAUAAUAAUCCCUUAUACAACAACUGCAAUAUUAAUAACUUCUAUCCAUUUGAUACAUUAAAUGAUUUAUAAAACUUCAAGUGAGGAACUCACACUAGAUCCUUGUUCUUCCUGUGUGUGGCAAUUAUUCUGUCCGUGGUGUUUCGUCCUGUCCUUGUAAGAUGUUAUGUCUUUCUUUCCCCCAAUUAUUGCUGUUAUCCGCCAUGCCUUGGGCGGAGCAGGUAUCCCAUUGUUAUUCCAGAAAUAUCUCCAUCGCUUUGUCUCGUGCUUCAUUGUUUUGCACCAAGAACUUUAACAACAGCUGUGAAGGUCUCUCUGUCCCAGUAAAUAAACUGUUGUCACCAUUUCCCCCCUCAGCCUAGGAAAAAGAGUGGUCUGUCAGACUGCAGAUGACUCAAUAAAGAACCUUACCAGUUCCUUGGCAACUCACAGACUCCUUUCAUCCUUCUUUCCAGCUGAUUAUCCUUCCAAUUAAAUUAAAUUCCAAGUCCUCUUAGCGUUAUUCAGUUCACUUUGUAUAUAAUAAAGGAUGGGGAAGAGUCAGUUCUAAGUUUCCAUCGUAAACCUUUUGCAAAAUAGAGCUUCCCUCCCCUCCUUUUUUUUUUUUAACACACAGUUCCGUUUGAUGUUAUAUGCCAUAUUUAUAAUCCAAGUUCUUCUUGUACAAAUAUAAUUUGAACUAACAUUCAGAGGAGGGUUGCCAAAUCAUAAAUGUAGAGAAUAAAACUUUAAAUAAAGAAACUGUAGGCUCCCCCCCCACCGUCUUUUUCACCGAAUGAAGUCUUAUCACAGAUUCAAACCUUAAAGUCCUUGCAGUUGGUUUUUUCCACAGUUUGUGAUCUCAUCUCUUCCAGCACGCGCCUGUACUUUAAUCCAAUUAAGUUCAAAUUAAGAGGAGAACCUCUGCUUCUUAAUGGCAGCAUUGGAGGGUUUUUGCCAGGCCCAGUGCCUCCCUGCCCCCCUCAUUCCAUGCCGGAGCGAGAGCCAGGUUCCGAGACGAACUACAAUUGAAGCUCGUUCCCCCCGACCCUGGGUGGAAUUUGCAAGGAUGAUUUGCUCUCAACCAUCCUUGCUUUUCCUUUACCUACGAUCUCCCGCUGUCAUAGGGGCUGCCUCCAUUAAGGCAGAGUGGAACCAGAAGCCCAAAUGAACAGAUUCUUAACACAGUUUUCAAACUCCUCCAGAUAUUCUCAGUUCUUGGAGCUCUGAGAGAAGCCAUUUCAGUGUUGCCAUCUUGAUUCUUUUCAUAGUUGCAAUGAGGUGGUGUUUGUUUGUUUGUUUGGUAUUUUGGAAUGGCUGCAUUUUUGUAUGUGGGGUUGAAGGACAUUCACUGUUUCCCAGUAACGGCAGACUGCUACGGCAGGGAUGGGCAGCCUGUGACCUUUCAGUUACUCCUAAACUACAGCUCCCAUCAUCCCAGACAACUGACAGUGCUGGCUGGGGCUGAUGGUAAUUCAAGUCCCACAUCCUCUGGAGGGCAAAGUUCCCCAUCUCCUUGGCAGGGAUCAUCACAUUGCAGCCAUGAAUUUACCUGGCUCCUUUGGCUGAACUGCAUUCACUGCAGGGUUUGAUAAACAAGUUCUGACAAUCCUUCUAAAAGCAAGCAGUAAAGGUAAAGGUACCCCUGCCCGUACGGGCCAGUCGUGUCCGACUCUAGGGUUGUGCGCUCAUCUCACUUAAGAAGCCGGGGGCCAGCGCUGUCCGGAGACACUUCCGGGUCACGUGGCCAGCGUGACGAAGCUGCAGCUGGCGAGCCAGCACCAGCGCAGCACACGGAAACGCCGUUUACCUUCCCGCUAUAAAGCAGUUCCUAUUUAUCUACUUGCACUUAAGGGUGCUUUCGAACUGCUAGGUAGGCAGGAGCUGGGACCGAAAGACGGGAGCUCACCCCGCCGCGGGGAUUCGAACCGCCGACCAUGUGAUCGGCAAGCCCUAGGCGCUGAGGUUUUACCCACAGCGCCACCCGCGUCCCUCAAAAGCAAGCAGUGCAGAGGUGUUACUGGGUACCUAGCAGUUUGAAAGCUGUUUAACAGAGCGGGCAUCCCAGUUCCCUUUAAUUUUAUGUGCAAGGUGAUUUAGUGUAAGAACUGUACAUGUUGGUGUUCCAGUUUCUGUUUUGUAUUGGUAAAACUGGAAAUUUCUGUUCAAAAAUCCAUUUCCUAAAGCACGCAUGAUUCAGUACCAUGAAAAUAGUUAAUCAUUAAACCGUUUGAGCACUGAGAAGGCUUAGUGUUAGAACAUCUAUCUUGCAUGCAGAAGGUUCCCAGGUUCAAUUUCUGCCAUCUCCAGUGUUUCUCUAACUUCCCAUCAUCCCUAGCAGCCAGGACCAGUGGUCAGCGAUGAUGGGAGUUGUAGUUCAACAACAGUUGGGGACCGAAGUUAGAGACACACUGGUGCUGAUCCUAGAUAAGUAUACUGAAAUCGCUCAGCAUUGAUACUUAGCUGGAUCAGAAUAUGGCAGCUUCCUGUGCUCAUGUAUUAAGUGCCCAUGCUGUUGAAAUGCAAUUGUAUUUUUGAGAGGAUACUUUCCCCAUGAAUAUUUAUUCAGCUCCCUGAAUAAAAAGAACUGCAGUAAAAGCUUCUAGCAAGGAAACACACCUGGAAACUCUCUUUUGUCUUCUCCAUCUUUCAGUGUCGUCAUGACUGGCUCCUACAACAACUUCUUCAGAAUGUUUGAUAGGAACACAAAGCGGGAUAUCACUUUAGAAGCUUCUCGGGAAAACAAUAAGCCCCGCACCGUCUUAAAGCCCCGCAAAGUCUGCGCCAGCGGCAAACGGAAGAAGGAUGAGAUCAGUGUUGACAGCCUAGACUUCAACAAGAAAAUCCUCCACACAGCCUGGCAUCCCAAGGAAAAUAUCAUUGCCGUAGCCACUACAAACAACUUGUAUAUAUUUCAAGACAAAGUGAAUUAGAGCUAGUGUUCCUAGCAGAGGAGUCCACUUCCUGCAUAGUUCAGAUAGAUGAAUCUAGCAUUUGUACCCGUAAACAAUAGAGGGGAGAAAACAAGAGUGCGGGAGAGCAAGAGAGAGCGAGAGAAGUCCAUUGUGGCACAUCUUUCCCAGUAUUUAAAAAUGUGCCAUAUUUGACAACACACUCUUCUAGAUAGCUAUGUGGAUGGUUUCUCUCUGUUGAGGAGUUCUCCAUGUCUGCUAGCCAUUUAGGUGAGGCUAGGGCACUUUUUAACACAACGACUACUUGCACCAUCUUGCCUAAUGGACUAGAGGUUGGACUAUUAUCAACAUUUGGUUCCUCCAGUUUUUUAUGCCUUCCAUUGUGAUGACGUCUGCCACAGGGAAAAGCCUUCAAGUCAUGCUGUGGGAUUUAAUUGUGUAACCUCAUUACUGUAUUAUUUGUGGCCCUUUUUUAUUAUUAAACAACAGCUCAUUCUUGCUGUGGCUUGUAGCAUUCCUCCUAUGCCUCCUGGACUCCUUUCCCUUAAAAAAAACCCGUUCCCCUCCCCUCCGCCCCAUGGUGGUGGUGCAUAGAGAAAAAAAAGUGAAAAGCACAUAAAAUGGGUCAAAGGGGUCUGUGUUGCAAAGAAUAAAAGGUUUUUAAUAAACAAUUGACUGUAAUCACUCUUUGCCAUUUCUGGCAUAAAAAAAAUAAAAUCCUAAAAGGUGGGGGGGGGGGAUUCUACUGAAUAAAAGUGACAGAAUGGUGAAUCUGUUCUUUUUUCCCCUUUUUAAUCUACCUCUUUAUAUAUGAAUUUCUUUUUUUAUUAUUAAAAAUAACUUGACGCAUGAUAAAAUGUUUUGGCAUUGAUUUUAACCAGUAUUAUUUUUCAUUAGGAAAUGGAGGAAGGGUUGUUCUUUUUAUUCCUAUAUGAAAAUGUUAAAAUGUCACUUUAGUAUUUAAGAGCAGUUUGCAUUUUUUUUUAAAAAAAACCAACCUCUUGGAUUCUAUUGAACAGUCAUUCAUUCAUUCAUUCAUUCAUUCAUUUCAUAUAUUGGUAAAUGCUUCCCUUUCCCCCUCUUUUCCUCUGUUAACAGAGCUCUUUGUCUGAAUUGGGGAGGGGGGGUUGAACUUUUGUAGACUACAAUUAAGGUUUUAUGGGACUAACCUUUUUCUUAUGUUAACCCCUUUGUCCUAAUUUUAUUGAAUGCCUUGUUUAGGAUCCAGACUCACAUGACAGUGCUUUCUUUUAUUUUCUUUUUUAAAAAGAUGUCAUUAAAAUUUCUUGUUUUUUAAGCAGUACGUCGUGCAAAUUUUAAUAUAAAGUGAUUUAAAUAGAUUUUAAAAAUUAUACUGCAUUCUUGAGUAUCCCUAUAUUUUAUGUAUUUCUGUUGCUACUGGUAACUUGAAUGGAAAUGUAGUUUUACCUUAUGAGUGUUCCUUUUUUCAUUUGACUUUUCGAAACUCCUGCCAUUAAAGACAAACUUGAAAAGUC